CGGAAAGGCCCGCACGUUCGCGUCACGUAAACCGGAAACGCCCUUCCCGCUCAGUUACCAUAGAGAGGCACGCAGGCGCAAACACGUCCGCCCUCCCACCACAGGACUCAAUGAAGCCGCCGUGACGCCGCUGGUCCCCCUGAAUGAACAUGCGAUGUAAACAAACAGAUAGAUCACCAGAGAGAUAAGCGGGCUGAGGGAGCUUUUUGCGCGAGCUCCUCACCCCUCCCCACCCCAAGGCAAAUGGAGACCGGAAUAAUACGAUCUGCGUAAUAUUUGUCUUUUUCUCUAUCUCUUUGCCUUCCCCCGCUCCGUGAGAAGCAUUGCCACGUGACCUCCCUGGCCCCGCCUCCUUUUCACAUGACCUCAAUGUUUCAGUGUAUUCCCCCCCCAACACACACACACUCUCUUUCCCCCAUUUUCCCCCCUCAUAAGAACCGCUCUCUAGGCGGGCUGUCCCAUCACGUACAAAACAGUGGGGGGGCAGGUGAAAGCACCUUUUUGUAAAAAAAAAAAGACUAAGGUCUCCUCAGUUGAAGGCAAACUGAGACGGAGAGAAACAUCCCGUCAGAUCUGUAGCCGGUCGCGGCGACCGCUUUAACGCCGCGGCUGCGGCCCUCUUCUGUCCCCGUCGCCUCUCCUCCCCCCCCCCUCUUCCGCAUCAUAGUUCAGGCCGCCCAGCCGCGUACGGCGAGCGAGGGCGAUCCAAACAGCGAGGGGGCCAAUGGGAGCGCGCCGUGGGCUGGGGCCGUACUACGCGUGCGCAGUGCGGUUAUGCUAAUGUUGUUGAUAUUCUGGGGCUUGGAGUUGAAUGUCUUUUCUCUCACACACUCUGCGCUCUUCCCCCCCGUUUAAAGUGAGAGGCUGAACUUUCCUCCUCCUCCAACCUGGCUCUGCCCCUCGGAAAGGGGAGGGGGAGAGUCCGGGGGGUGGGGGCUGAGCCGAGGGGGCGGGAGGGGGGGAGGAGGAGGUGAGCGGCGGCGGCAGCGGCAUCCUUUGCCCAUGAGGGCCUGAUGGAAAACACAAAGGACCUGGUGAGUAGCGCAGAGCAGCCCCCUGGGGGGGUCGAGGGAGGCAGAGGCAGCGGCCAGCACCGGGCAGGGCAAGAGGCUUCGGCUUCGGAGCGGGGUGGCUGACCUGAGAGGCUUCAGGGGGUCACGCUGCUUUGGGUUCCCUUCCUGAGGGGGUGGGGGACCCACGCGAGAAACGGUGUGGGGAGCAGCGUUGCAUUCUGUGCCGUGUGGGAGGGAAGUGCCGGACUGAGAAAGGCAACUCUGGGCAGGGAGGAGGGUGGGAUGUUCUGCGAGAAAUACUGUACCAUAUAAGCUACCUCUUCUCCAUCUGCCCCGACCCACCCACCCGUGUUUUCUUACUCCCCACUCCCCGGCAACAUGUGCAAAAGUGGCGGGGACUUGAGAGAAACUUCUGCCUCCUGUCGGAGUGCGAGUGGUUCAUUCAUCGAUGCCUCUUCGAGGUUUCCAGAGUCCCUUCCGCGUUCCUUUGGCUGCCCGUUCCUUGCGUGCUGUGUGUGCUGUGCAGAGAACUCGAUACCUCUUUUUGUGUGUGUUGGUACCUUGGCCAGUACUGCGGCUCCAGCGUUGCCCUAGUAGUUUAAUGAUCAAAAAGCGAGGAGAUUUUGUGCCUCCUUGAGCAUCUUGAGCAUCUUGUGUACAGUGGUACCUCUGGUUACGUACUUAAUUCGUUCCAGAGGUCCGUACUUAACCUGAAACUGUUCUUAACCUGAAGCACCACUUUAGCUAAUGGGGCCUCCUGCUGCCGCUGCGCUGCUGGAGCACGAUUUCUGUUCUCAUCCUGAAGCAAAGUUCUUAACCUGAAGCACUAUUUCUGGGUUAGCGGAGUCUGUAACCUGAAGCGUAUGUAACCCGAGGUACCACUGUAUAUGCUUUGCAAGGGGAUGUGCAGACCAGUGUUCAACAAACAUUUCAUUUGAUUGUUUUUAGAAGGUUGAAUGUGGCCUUUGAGAGGAUAGAGGAAAUGUUUAGGUCUGCCAAUUUUCAGUAGCGUAGAAGAGAAAACCUAGUAAUCCGGGAAAUGCCAUGACAAGCCUUGGUUCUAUUUCUUUAUUUUUCUGUCAUCCUUGCUACUUUUCCUCCCCUAACAUCCACACUAAUCUGUAGGAUUCUGCAACCCGCUUUGCUGCAUACAAGCAUCCUGGAGCAGAAAGUAAAUGAGUCAGUUUUACCUUUCUCAGGGAAAGCUUUCAGAAUUAAUGUUAUAAUGAAGACUUUAAAGAGAAAUUGCCAAAUUAAGAUAUGCUGAAUGCUGACAAUGAGAAGUUUCACUGGAUAAAGUACGAAAGAUGUAACUUUUUCAUUUAAAAUGCAUUGACUUUAAUGCAUUAUAUUUGUGACGUUGAAAUGCUGAUAUCAGCAUAAAGUCUCAUUUCCUUUGUUAAAUGUGGCUUAUUUGUAAUUAAACUUAAAAUGCAGAACAUUCUGUUACGUAUAUAAAAUCAGUGUGGUGUGUUGGAGUAAGAUCUGGGAUACCAGGGUUCAAAUCACCUCUUGGCCAUGAAGCUCAGUGAGUGACUCAGUCACUGCCUCUUAGCCUAGCUUAUCUCACAAGGUUAUUGUGAGAUGAAAUGGAGAGAGGGAGUACAAUUUAUGCCACCUUGAGCUCAUUGGAGGGAAGUGGGAUAUUAACUUAGUAGCAAUAAUAAGUAAACAUUGAGCCCUAUUUUAAUGUGUGUGAUAAGAGAUACAGUAGUUUUAAAAGUUUUUUAUUUGUGACAAUGUUGCUUUGGACACUGCUGAUGCAGAGCUUUAUUCUCAAACUUUUUAGCGCUUUCCUCCCUAACUUUCCAUUCCAUUAUGUAUCUAGACUAAACACCUUUUUUGUCUUAAGGCAGUCUUCCCCAGCCUGAUACCCUCCAGAUGUUGUUGGACUACAGAUCCCUUUAUCCCUGAUUAUUAGCCAUGCUGGCUGUGGUUGAUGGGAAUUGUAAUCCAAAACAUCAGGUUGGGAAGGCUGUCUUAAAUGACGUGUGUGGCUUUGUCUUGCCUUUCUACAAUACUUGAUUGGGCUUUAAUAGGGAAACACUCAUGUGCAUGUAUACUAACUAUUCUCAUUUGCUUCAGUCUCCUGCCCCAUUAAUUUGUCCACUGUUCUCUAUUCUGCCCAUUGUGCAUGGACUGUAUACCAGAACAUGGUAGCAUGUCUGUCUUGCAAAUCUUUUACAUCCUUAAACAGAGUAUCAGCAAAUGCCUUACAAAAGCUUCUGAAUUCAUAGCUAUUGGAGGGAACACUGUGUUCUCGAUGUUGUGUUGUCAGUUAACAUGAGAGAGCAUUUGGAUCUUACAGACCUAGCUGGUCCCCUAUGUGAACUACUAAUGCGUUCUAGAAUAGUCCCAAAGCCUUCUGUAAUGUUUGUUGGUUCCUUGACAGAUCUGUUGAUAUGGAAAGUGCUCACUGAGGGUAAAAGUUCUGAAAACCUCUGGAUUAAUGUAUACUGGAAGACGACUGGGUCAUACCUUCUGCUAUCACUGUUGGUACCACAACACACAACAGCAUGUGCAUUAAAUCUUAUGGGCCAAUCAUGCAACCUGCUGCACUAACAAUAGGUUUGUAAGAUAAGGACCAAUUAUUAUUCUGUUGCUGCAGUUCUUAAAACAAAUUUUUAUUGGCUUUACUUUUUAUACAAAUACAAGAACCAUUAAACACUUAUGCAGCAGUACAUCUAGUGGUGUUUUUUCUAUCCAUUGACUUUAGACAUGAGUUUACACAUUCAAUGUUCAAACAUAUUACUUAAUGUAAUCUCUCCACUGAAAAGAUUGAGCUGUUAGGAUAACAAUGUCUCGAUUUUGGUCAUUAACAUAGCUAAAGAAAGGGCUCCACGUUUAUUGGAAGGUGUUUCUUUUCAUUAAGCCUUUAAUUGUCCUCUUGUGUCUGGUGAGACGCUCAGACAUUGCUGCACCCCAGAUAUUAUUUUCCCAAAUGCUCAGAGUUAUUUCAGUCUGGUUCUUUUAUUAUUGAGCUAUCACUAAUCAUGCUGUGGUCAGUAAGAAGCCUACUAGUUCUCUGUAGUGAAGGGUGGAGCCCAAGUCUAUGUCCAAAGACAGUAAGGCUAAGGUAGGAUUUGGAAAAAGAGGUUGGCUUGUAAUUGUGGAUAUAAUGCAGAAUAUUGCAAAAUUUCCCACCAAACAUGAAUAAACCAAGUUUUCCAUAACCAUUCCAGCAUAAAGGGCAAAGGGAGGGAUUAAUUUUUGCCAGCCUGACUGUCACCCGGUGCCAGUGGAGGCCUCCUGUAAGCAAGCAGAGAUUGUUUUGGGUGGUAAUGGCCCAGAGACCUCAUUUGUGAUCUUCAAUUGAGUGGCCUAAUUCUGAUUCCCAUACAAUUUGAAGGCCUCCAGCACCCCCUGCUUCAUGAACUAAUAGAUUGUUGUAUAUAGGGAAGCGGCAUCUUUCAGGUCAUAUGCUGGUUACAGCUGCAUUGUUAUAAUAUGUAAUGAUUAGCUAUGGCUGUAAGACAGCAGUGAGUUAUUACUUUGACUUGUCAGUUGGUUGUUGUAGCUAUGUAAAAAUUGAGGUCAUUGACAAAUGUUGCCUAAAGUCAGUGCACAAAGCUGUUGUUUGACAUGAGCUAGGCAGAAAAGAGGUGUUUAGAGAUGGGGUUGGGAACUGCUUGUCUGCAUGACAUUACAGAAGAUUUUUGGUCAAUGUUGAAGCUAUUUAUGUUGGUGCAACAUUAUAUGCAUAAUGUUUAGCACUGCAGCAAAUGAUUAUGUUGAAGUUGCUAUUGAAAGGGAUGAAUGAGCUGUUGCUACAAUUGAUUCAUAUCAAAACCAUUUUGUGCAUCUUCACAGUCACACAACUUAAGUUUCUCCUGUCUCUUUCUUGUUCUUCAGAUUGCAAAUGGCUUGGGAUGAGGAUGGAUUUAUUUAUUUAGGAUAUUUAUUGGCAGCCCAAGCAACAACGUCCUCUGGGUAGUUCACACAGAGCACAAUUUAAACAUUGAUUUUCAGUGUUUUAAUUAAUCAUUCCCUGCCCUUCAGAACUAGCACUAGCAGCAUAACAGCAUUUAAAAUCAGAGAAAAACAAUCAGUCUAUGGGUAUUGUGGGGCAAUAUGCAUCUUGCUCUUCUUCGCCAGGACUUGUUAGAUCCCUGAAAUGUGUAAGCUGUAAGUUAAACUAGAAAGAAUUGUAGUCUGUGGCCAUAAUAGUUUUUAAAAGUGGACAAUCAUUGCAGCAUAUAUUUAAGUAACUGUAUUAGUUAUUCUGCAAAUGUAAUCAAGUUCUGUGGUGCCUUAACUGCACUUGGGAUAGUGGUCUCUAGCUCUCUCUCUUUUAAGUUCUCAAUACCAUGCUGCUAUGCAAACUUGCCACCCAAGAUGAAUAAAAUUUCAGUGGGUGAUCAUCACAGAAAUGCUAGUACUUCUUUAAAAUUAUAGCAGAAAUUAUAAUAAAACAUACUAUGUAUGUAACAUGGAUGGAUGUUUCUAAUUUUGUGAAUGUCCAAAUAUGUAAUUUUUUCAGGCUUUCCAUCUCCUGACAAAAUUUACUGUGACUUUUGCUGUGGAACAUUGUAUUUACUUAUCCUGCCUCACCCUACAAAUUAUGAAAGUUGCUGUGUGAAUAAGUGUCAAGUACUCAUGUGUAAUACAGUCAUUACAUUUUCACAGGCUCUUCUGUCAUCCCAGUAGCACGUAUGAGCAAUUCAAGUUUGCAUGACUAUACUUUGCAGGUUGCAAUCACUAUCUUUUUCUCUUAAUGAUGCUCAGGUUGUGUCUAAUAGUCAUAAGCAGUAUAAUAGUUAUGGGACAGAGAUAGCUUUGGUUGCCUUGGUGGAUAACUUAACGAGGAGAACUGGACAGGGGGAGUGUGUCCCAGUUGAUUCUGCUGGACCUCUUGGUGACUUUCAAAGCCAUUGACCAUGGUAGCCUUGCUGGGAUAGGACUUGGAGGCCCUGUUUUACAGUGGUUCCAUUCCGUCCAGGAGGGGCCAACCCAGAAGUUAGUGCUGGGGGACUCUUGUUUGACACCUUGGCUGUUGGCUUGCGCAGUCCCUCGAUGUUACGUUUUGUCCCUCAUGCUAUUUAACAUUUACAUGAAACCACUGGGAGAGGUAGUCCAGAGUUUCAGGGUUCAGUGUCACCAGUAUGCUGAUAACACUCAGCUCUAUUUCUCCUUUCCACCUAAAUCCAAGGAAGCUGUCUUGAUUGUAAACUGGUGUCUGUGAUCAGUAAUGGACUGGAUGAGGGUGAGCAAAUUGAAAUGUAAUCUACAGGUAGGCAAGACAUAGAUGCUCUUGGUCAGUCAGAAGGCAUAACAGGGAACAGAGACUCCACCUGAGCUAGGUGGGAUAGCACUCCUUCUGAAGACACAGGUUUGCUAUGUCUGGACAUACUCCUGGACUCAGCCCUGAUCAUGUUCGCUCAGGUUUCUUUGGUGACCAGGAGUACAUUUCCACAGCUAAAGCUAGGGUGCUGGCUGUGCCUGUUCCUUGAGAUGUCUGAUUUGACCACAGUGACACAUGCCUUAGUUACAUGCCAUUUGGAAUACUGUAAUGCCCUCUUCUUGGGAAUGCCUUUGAAAAGUGUAUUGCUCUAAAUGUUGGACAUUCAAAUACUGCUGACAGGUCUGGAACUGUUAUGAGUGGAAGACACUAUUUUUCAGUGGUCUGCUCCUUCCUAAUUGCUCAAUAUUGGAAGGUAGCAUUUGAUGACUUCUGUUCAACUAUAUACCUACUGUAUAUCAUAAGGAACUACUUUGUCCAUCCUGCCAUAGAAUGGGAUUGUCUGAUUUAUGGAUUGGGGUGCUAUUGAUAUGUGGAUAAAAACUGGAAUUAUUAUUUUAUUUUUACAACGAUUUCAGGAGUGGCAUUUGUUUUAGCAAAUAAAAUGUGUAGCAUGAUCUGCAGUAUGCAAGGGAUAUCUCCUUACUAAUGGCAUUCUGAGAUUGCGCAUGGUAGAGCAGCCAUUCACAUAAAAUCUAACUUUUGUGAUGCUUGUAUUGUUCUAUCUCUGUCAGUUGCCAUGGAAGUGUUUCUAUGACAAAUCAUUAACUUUAUGGGAAUAGUCUACUUCAAAGACUGAGAAUAUGUGAUGGAAACAGAUGAGGAGUGGGUUGUUCUUAGUGGCUAACAAAAGGGGGGAAAUGGACCCUAGAAGUUGCAAAGAAGAACAAUGAUACACUCUGGCUCUGGCUUUUCUCUCUAGUUCUGGUGUGAAAUGAGAAUAUACCACAGAAAAGCUCCACAGUUUUCUGAAGAGAAAAUGGUAGGUCAGUGAGCUUAAUUCCCUUCUCUGGGUUGUUACGUGGGGUUGCAUCAAGUGUGGUGUAGUGGUUAGAGUGUCGGACUAGGACCUGGGAGACCCGGGUUCAAAUUUCCACACAGCCAAGAAGCUCACUGGGUGACCUUGGGCCAAUCACCUGGUCUCAGCCUAGCCUACUUCAGCUAAUGUAUGCUGCCUGCUGGUUAGCCAAAAGUGGAUGAACUGUUGAUAAACAAUGCUGGGUAUACCAACACAUGAUAAACUUACCCUUGAAUUCUGCAAAGACUAUUGAUGACUUUGGUGGCAUAAUUGAAAUCCAUAACUUCAGGACUGAUGCAUUCUAUAGAGAAGCUAGCAAACCAACAUAAUUUUUGUAUAGCUCAUUGCUUUACAUUUGCCUAUAUGUAAAGCAACCUAAGUGCUCUUCUGUGAUUUCUACAGUGGAAUAUAUAAGGGUAAUAAAUUAAAUGUUUGUGUUUGGUUAUUGAACAUAAUUUUGUUGGGUGCUCAUCCUGAAUAUUGCUUUGUGUAGUGCAAAGUAUUUCAAUUUUAGUUUAUUGUAUACCAUUGCACCUAUGUAACACUUGCAAAUUGCUUUUCAUUUUGUCUGUCUACAUGUGUUGUUUCUCUGUGUAACUUAAGAUUAUAUAGUAUGGAUCUUCCACACUCAGUGGAAACCUGUUAAAAUGCUGAAAUAUCUCUUUCAGAUCCUUUUGUUGAGAGGUUUUAACAUUUUAGCUUUUCUUUUUAGACUGAACAUUCUUCAAGAUCUGAAAGGAAGAGACGUGAUUCGUUCGGGAUGUUUGAUGGUUAUGAUAGCUGUAGUGAGGAUACCAGUAGUAGCUCAAGCUCUGAUGAGAGUGAAGAGGAAGUUGCACCCUUACCGUCAAACCUCCCAAUUAUCAAGAACAAUGGACAGGUCUACACAUAUCCAGAUGGCAAAUCUGGCAUGGGUGAGUGCAUGAUUUUUCAGUGGAAUGCUAAAUCAAAUGACCACUUCUUAUUUCUAUGGUGCCAACUUCUUUUUUCUGCUUGGAUGUUAGGAGCAGUGACCAAAGACUGAUGGACAUAUGUGUCGCUUUGUGUGAAGACUGUUCUACUGUUUCAUGUCACUAAACUAAAGCUAAACUGCUCCUAGACAACCAUAGAAGUGUGCUUAAGUCCUAACAAAGUGUGUGCAUGAUUCCUUCCUUUAGCAUGCUUACAGAAAAAUAUUCAGAGUUCAGGAAGAAGGGGACAUCACCACACCUGAAAACUUAAGAGAUAUUGGCUUGGAUCCAUAGUUCCCAUGGUGGUAAUCGACUACACUCACUCAGAGAAGGCUUACUGAAAUUAAUGGAUCUAACUUAGUCAUGUUCAGUAAUUUCAGUGGAUCUGCUCUGAGUAAACUUGAAUAUCACCCCCUGAGUUCCCCUCACAGGGCAUUCUCACUGGAGAAGAGGAGGAGGUGAAUUUCGUCUGUUUCUGCAUCUUAUUGCAGACACUGAAUAGUUGCUCUGGUGGCUUGUGGGACCAUCUUGAAGAGUGUUGAGGUGUUCUUGGGGGAACAGGAAGCAGCAACAAUUGUCGCCUUCCCUUCCUCCAGUGGUAGCCUGUACUGAAUCUCAAUUCCUUCCAUUUGUGGAAGUUGCACCUUGGAUCCAGCCCAUUGGAGAGGUGGCACACACUCCUCUACCAAGGAAGCCACAAGCUAGACCAUCUAGCAUUUCUUCCCAAGCCAUGCUCCAGAUUUCCUCUCCAUGUCUGUGCAUGCACACAAAGUUCACAAAAAUUGAUACAGAAGAGGUUCUAAUCCCAGCUGGGAUAGUAGGGGGCAAUAUAAGAAAAGAAGAGCAAGAUUUGGGAUGAGGGAAGCGUGUGUGUGUGUGUGUGUGUGUGUGUGUGUGUUGUGUGUUGCGUGUUGCCUUUUAUCUGAGGAUCACAGGGUGGGUGACAGUAUAAAAACUAAAAAAUACACAACAUAGUAACAAACAAGACAAUAACACACCCCAGCUAUUUAAAAACUUAACUGUUUUUAUGAAAUCAAAUGUUUUAAGUAAUUGUUUCUAGUGCAGUAUGCUGUUUAUUAGGGCUUGGCAAUAUCUGGUUUUCAACAACGUGGUAUAUCAUCAGCUAAACAUCGUGAUAUACCAGUUGAAGUAAGAUUGUAACUAUGUAGAGGUGAAUGGGGUAAUGUGCCUGCAACUGCUACUACAGUGGUGCCUCGCAAGACGAAAUUAAUUCGUUCUGCGAGUUUUUUCAUCUUGCGAAGCACGGUUUCAAUUUUUUCAAAAAAAUCUUCAAAAACCUCAAAAAAGGCUACCACACCGUGUGCUAUGAGUUGCUCCCCGAAGUCAAGUCGCAACUGCACUUCUUCAAGCAAUGCACCCUGUAUUACUGUAACGGUUUUAAGGAAAAGGAAACAAACUUGCAGGACGUUUCUGUCUUGCGAAGCAAGCCCAUAGGGAAAUUCGUCUCGCGAAGCAACUCAAAAAAUGAAAAACUCUUUCGUCUUGCGAGUUUUUCGUCUUGAGAGGCAUUCGUCUUGCGAGGUACCACUGUACUUUGGGGUCUAAAACUGAUACAUGUUUACUUACCUUUAACAUAUUGGGACAACUGUUAUUUUAUAGUACAGAGCAACAGGGGCGUCAGGAAUCAUGCGAGAAGUGAUGACCGGCUUCAUAGUUUUCCCCACACCACAGGUUUUUUUUUACAAAGCACACACAUACAUCAUGAUUCGUGAUACAUCACCAUGUCAGAUAUUAUGAAACCAUUAUCACGAUGCAGACCGCAAACCAAUUUUGGAUGAUAUAUCAAUACAUUGCCCAGCCCUACUGUUUGUAGCAUACUUGUGAAGGAUGCCUUCACCCAAUUUUGGAAGGGUUUUCCCCUCAGUCUGCACAUUGAGUGCAGGCCCCUGACUCUCCUGAGAGCCUUUAUGGAGGGCUGCUGGGGAGAAGAGAAGAAGGAGCAGGGAAGUCAGCUUCUGCCAGCCUUCUUCUGUGGGUUAGAUCUGGAGAAAAGCACGUUAUGCGCAAAUAAAUAAAUAUUUUGGAAGAUUAAAACUUUUUUGUACAGUGAAAGUGGUAGUUCAUUCUCUUCAACAGAAACGACUCUCCCAUGUCAAAUUAAGGAAAGAGGAAGAGAAAGAAGUCCAAGACAAAAAGCUGUUUAGAAUCUACAUAGAAGCUAUUAAAUAUCUGAUUGAUGAAGGAUUGUAUUAUAAAAAUAAUAUAUAAUGCAUAUUUAUAUUUGGGGUGUGUCUAAGUGUUGAUAGCCAACACACAGUUUGAGUUGACUAUCUUCUACGUGGACUGCAUAGAGCCAUGGCUGCUUGACAAUGAAUGUGGCACAGUAUAGUAUAGAUGUAAUACAUUGGCCAUCUUUCUCCCUUUAUCAGCUACCUGUGAAAUGUGCGGGAUGGUUGGUGUCAGAGAUGCCUUUUACUCUAAAACCAAGCGCUUCUGCAGUGUUUCCUGCUCAAGAAGUUACUCAUCGAACUCUAAGAAGGCCAGCAUUCUGGCCAGACUUCAGGUAACGGUACAGUCACAGUUUUAUUAUCUUUAUUAUAUAGAUAAGCUUUAAAACAGAUUUGUUACAACACAGAUUAAUGCAUUUAUUUAUUUAUUAAAGUUAACUGCUUUUAAGUUAAAUAUAAUAUGAGAGCCCUAUUGGAUUGGACCCAAAAGUCAGUAUCUGGUAUCCAGCAUUGGCUAACCAGAUGCUUCCCAUAAGCAGGUGUGAAGGCAACAGCCCUUCUUUGUUUAUCAACAGCAUUAAGCGCCUGCUUAACACUCAUCUGUUCAUCCAGGCAUUUGCUGCUUAUUAAUUAAUUAACUUGUCCAUAAUAUUGCAAUUUCCAGAAGGAUAGCAGCAUUGGCCUCCUGUAGGAAAAACAACAAAAUGUGUGGUGCCUUAAAACUAACACAUUCAUUAUGGCUCUAGCUUACUUUGUCAGACGCAUGAAGUGAAAUCUUAGUUGGCAGUUGUGUAAAUAACCAAACUGUAAGGUGAAAGUUGAAUGACAAUGAGAUGCCUUGGAAGGCAGGCUUGUGCUUGCUCACAGACAGCCCCCAAAACCUAAAACUCAACCAUCAACAAAAAGCCACAUAGCAGAGAUAAGGACACUAGAGCCCAACUCCCAUGUCCACUGUGGCAACACUGUAGCAGGAUAGAAUAAUGUCAUCCACAACUUCAGGGGCUCAUUCGCCUGCUUGUCUUCCAGUGUGAUUUAUUCCAUUAUCUGCCAAUAAUGUCCUUCUACAUAGGACAGCCAGUUAAGUCUCUGUGCAAAAGAACAGAAAUAGAUAGACACAAAUCUGCUAACAGAAAUGGCAGUAUUCAUAAACCUGUAGGGGAAUGCUUUAAUAUUUCAGGACACUCUGUAACUGACCUUAAGGUGGCCAUUCUGGAAUGAAGGAAGUUAAAGGAUGUGGGUGGCGCUGUGGGUUAAACCACAGAGCCUAGUACUUGCCGAUCAAAAGGUUGGCGGUUCGAAUCCCCGUGACGGGGUGAGCUCCUGUUGCUCGGUCCCUGCUCCUGCCAACCUAGCAUUUCGAAAGCACGUCAAAGUGCAAGUAGAUAAAUAGAUACCGCUCCGGUGGGAAGGUAAACGGCGUUUUCGUGUGCUGCUCUGGUUCGCCAGAAGCAGCUUAGUCAUGCUGGCCACAUGACCCGGAAGCUGUACGCAGGCUCCCUCAGCCUAUAGAGCGAGAUGAGCGCCACAACCCCAGAGUCGGCCACGACUGGACCUAAUGGUCAGGGGUCCCUUUACCUUUUACCACAUGAAACAGCUGAGUUAGAAUUUAUCAGUAAGUUAGAUGGCAUGAGUUCUAGGUUUGCCCUUGUUUGUGUGGACAAACUUUUUCAGUUUGGUGAAACGAUCUCUGCCAUAGUUUUAAAAUAAUACAGAAUAACCACCUGUCUUCAUUUGUUGUUUUUGUACUGUUUUCAAAACUGUUUUUAGUUUGUGUUUGUCUUGAAAUGCAUAUGGAAGGCAAUUUGUAAAUUAAUUAAUGAAUUAAAUAAAAUGCAGAGAGGGCAGGAUUCAAUGAAGUUGUUGCGAUGGGAGAACAAGGUCUGUUUGCACACUGGGGCUGCUCUCCACCACCACCCCACACCACCUAAAUCUGCUUUGCAGAGCUGGGAGAACCUCCAUAACAGGUUUAGGAGGCGUGUGGGAGGAAGGGCAGGAAAUAUUGUUGCGCAAAUGGACCUUUUCCCCCCAUGUGCACUUAGUACUAAGUUGGAUUUCACCCAAAGGAUUUUUAUUAUGCUACAUGUGUUAAUUGACCUACCUCUGCCAGGGAUAUCUGACAUCUAUUAUUGUUUCUUAUGAAUGGUUCUCUGCCCCAUUAUAGUUGUAAUUCAAUUACCUCAGCAAAGCUGGGUAAAUUAUUAUCAAUCUGCGGUUAGAAAAGUGUGCCUACAUGUUUAAGCUCUUAUUAUCACAGUCCGUAAUCUUUGUAUCUCAUUGCCAUUCAGCUCCCACCUUACAGUUUUCAUCCUCUGUAUACCUGCCAACUAAGAUUUCGCUUUAUGCAUCUGAAAUGGGCUUGAGUCCACAAAAGUAUAUAUCACAAUAAAUCUUGUAGUGUUUGAGGUACCACAAGGCUUAGUUGUGUUUAUUGGCUAUAGUAGUUACAUUUUGAAAGAUCAUGACUAAUUCCAUUGCUCUCUCCAAAUCCUAGUUCAAGAGUUUUGAAUAAUUAGGAUUCGGUGUUACUUGUAAUGUUAGAAUGCAGUGAUCAGAAACACGAUUUUUAUAUAUUAAGCUUAUGAGCUACAUCCCCCCCCCCAUUUUUGCUUGUGUUUCCUUUGAGACAUCAAAAAUUAAAGAAGAUAUCAUGCCUUGAUAGGUUUUGGUAGCAUCUGUUAGUUUGUACAGCCCUUCACUGAAACAAAAGAUAUUUUUGUCUGCAUUUUGUGCUUGGAUUGCACAUCAGUUUUGUAGCAUAUGGAAUGCAUGCUACACCUUUCCUAUUUUUGUCAGUGCACAAAUGCCACUUGGUUAUAGUAACAUUCAGUAUUUAAAGAAAAUUCAAAUUAAUGUUAAAAUAGCAGCAGGCUAGGCGGUCUUUUGAAUGGGAUUUACCCAGCCCAGAAACUAAAAAAAAAAGCUUUCUGAUGAAUUCUGUUUCUGAAACUGCAGUGUUACAUUUUGUGCAGCAGAUUUCCAGAAAGCCUGCUUCUAAAACGUCUUGAUGUGAGUUUGAAAAGAACCUUAUUCAGCUCUUGUUGUUUUAGGGAAAACCUCCAACAAAGAAGGCUAAAGUGCUACAAAAACAACCUUUAGUUGCUAAAUUAGCUGCAUAUGCCCAAUACCAAGCAACGGUACAGAACCAAUCAAAGACGAAAACAGGUAACAUGGAGAAGUCUCUGAGGAAUUAUUAUUGGGUUAACAUUCAAUUUUUCAGCUUUGGGGAAUAAUUUUGAGAAGAAUUGUAAGGUUUUUCUAACCACAUAAUUCAUCAAUUUCCAAGUGAAUAAGAGGAAUAAAGUUUGCUAGUAUUGUGGGGUGGGGUCUUUCAUCUGAAGCUGAAGGGCAUUGGUUGUUGGGGUGAACCUGUGAAACAUUCUGAGGGGCUUGGCUCAUGUGCCUUGCUUUCUACCCUUUCAGCUGUAUUGGCAUUUUCAACAGAACACAUUGGCUGCUCUAGGGGUAGAUAGAUUUCUUUCCCAUACUGCUAUAUCCAUUUGACUGGAUAUAAUAACUAACUGUCAUAUGAAUCCUGAUGGCAUCAGUGCAUGGGUUAGAAUUGGUUUUUUGUUUUUGCUUCUGGCCUACAUUAAUUAGUUCCAGUCUAAUCUAUAUUCUUUUGUAAAAACAAGUUAAUUUUCUAGAGGAUUUUCUUUGGAUAAUCCACCAUAUUCACCUUGUGGUCAUGCUUACAACCGUGCAUUUCUGUUUCCUCCCCCACCCUAAAAGAGACUGGAAAUGAAUUUAUAUGUAUUAAAAAUAUAUUUAGUAAAUUAUGUACCCAUUGCUAAAUAAAGUAACUCUUUCUAGCAUCUGUUCCAGUGGAAGGCUUCAGUUGGGGCAACUACAUCAAUAGCAAUAGUUUCACUGCCGCUCCUGUUAAUUGUUUUAAGCAUGUAAGUAUGUUGCCUUUGAUUUUAUUAUUUUUAGUAAAUAGCUAUGAAAUAAUUGCAACAGAGAAUUUACAAAUACCCUGGUGAGAGUAGACUUCCCCUUCCUCCUACAGCUCCCUCUUCACUCCCCCAAAUCUGCUUCUGAGAGCCCACCAUUAAAGCAAAUUUUGGGGGUAUGUGAGGGGCUGCAGUUGGUGGGGAGUGAGAAAGUGUUGCUGGCAGACUAGUACAACUAGAUUUUAUCCUAUGGCUUUCCCCCCAAUCCUUAGGCAUAUAUGAAAUUUUACUGAUCUAACAACUGCAAUCUUGGGAGCUUCCGUUUCAAAGAUGCAUGAUGCUAUCCAGUUUAAAUGCUAGCUGUCAAAGCUGUGUGCAAAGUUUCAAAGCAAGUUUUGGAUGUGGUUCUUGCCUUUGUGCAUAGAGCCGAUUUACAUACUAAGAAACUGUCUUGAAAUCUUGUGGACCUUGAGAAGCGGCCCAGUUAAUUGAAACCAAGUUAGUCUAUUGGUUUGUCAGGCUCGGGUGGGGACCUCAGCCCAGCCCAAUCAAACAAAGUCCUUUGAAACUGCCUGCAGAUCUUCUGUGAACAAAACAGAGCUCUGCACUGUCUCUCCUUAGAAGCAGCUGGAAUUCAAAACAAGCGUGUUUUUCAGGUUAGUUUCACAAGAAGGAACAUGUUGUAAUAUGCCACUCUGUCAGUAGUAAGGUGCAUUGUAUACAAGGCUACAUAAUAACGAUAAGGUUGUUCUUUUUCUAUACUGUACCAGAGAUCAAGAUCAAUAAAUUGCUUUAUUAGCAAAUAGGCAGGCACAUCCACAGCAAGGUUGUUUUAGGAAUGGGUUCAAGUGAUGCUUGUAAAACAAGGCUGGUUUGGCUUCUGAGUUUGCUCUUGCCAGUGGAAGAAGAACCGAUUUUUGCUCAUUCCUCUCCCCUCUAUUGCACUGGAGGGGAAAUGGGCAUAAAUUUGUGGCCUUUCUCCCGUCCUUCUGCUGGAUGGGAAGUUUUCUGUGAAUGGAGAGAUAACUUCAGUUCAUGGAAGUCAAACUUUCAAUCCAAGCCCCUCUUCUCUAAAGCCCCAAUUGUGAUGAGUUCAAUAUUUCCUUUGUGCUGCAUGUAGGGCCAAUUUAAUCAUUAAAAUGGUGGGCUGCAAUCAUCAGGAUUAGGAAAAUCACUUUGUCCUGUGUUUUUAUUGAUCUUAACAUUCAUAAUUUUAAAAGACAAAUUCUACUGCCAUACUCAUCCCUUUCCAUUAUCCCAUUCUCUCAGCCCAUUGUAGCUGCUAGAUCAGAGGAAGCAAAUGUGAUAACAGUAAUUCUGACUGGGUUCCUUCAAUCCCUUUUAUGAACGAAGCAUGACCAAAAUGAGGCAGGUGCUGAAUCUUUUUUUCCUUGUAGUAGUUUGCUGUUGCCACCUGCUUGUUUAACUCGUUGGUGGUGCAAGUCAUGCACUGUCAAUGACUUUAGACAUGUCGGGAGAGAACAGGCCAAAAUCAGCAAGCACCAAGGGUGUGGCUGCAGCAAAAAGACAAAUGAUUUGUAUCAGCAAGCAGAGAUUGUUUCCUUCAACCAAAUAAACCCGUGCAGCAUGUGAGAGAGGAAGGAUAGCUGCCUUCUUGAUGGUCUGGUUAUCCCUGACAGACUGGUUUGCUUUAAAAAAAAAAGUUGAAGCAAUUUAAAUUUAUAUAUGAUUCUGGGGAUUGUGGAAUUGUCUUUAAGGCUGCAAUCCUACACAUGCUUUAUUAGGAGUAAGGCCCAUUAAACACAGUGGGAAUAUCUUUUGAGUAUAGAAUUAAGUUGAAGGUUUCAUAUAAAUAAAGAUUAUGAGUUUUCAGAACAGAACUUUGUCUUUAUUAAACCACUAAUUUUCAGACUCAAUUUGUAUCACAUGCAAGACACAGAAAAGCUAGUGAGAUACCUUGGGUGAGCAGUCAUAUUCUUGGGAAAGAAUUCCUUUUGAUUAACCCCCCCACACACACACACAUUAUACUUGCCCCUGUAUUUUGGAGGGACAAGUGUCACUGGGGGAUGUUGCCUGGAAUAGUGACUUCAGGUCUCAAAUGUCUUAAGGGGGCACUGAUUGUACAUUAUAUUUGUAUCCCAGGUUUCAGUUCAAAAGUAACUUUCAAAGCAACUAUCACUGAAACAUACAAUAAAAUCCAACAAACAACAAUAAAUGAAACAAUCAAUUACUCUAACAGCAGAAGUAUGGUUUAAAUUGUAUGCAUUAAAAUAUCUGGAAAAUAAAUUCAGUUUCACUUGGUCUCUAACAUAGCAGGCACCAGAUGAUUGUCCCUGCAGAGAACAUUCUGCUGUUGGACACCCGCCAGCAAGAAGUCUGGUAUGUUUAGCCAGUAGAGAAGAAGUGGAGGGAAUCACAAUGGCACUUUUCAAAUAUGUGAAAAACUGUCACAUAGAAGAGGGCAAAGAUCUGUCCUGUGCUCCUCAGAGGGCAGAAGUAGAUCUAAUGAGCAUAGAUUACAGGAGGGUAGAUUUCACUGAGCAUUGUGAAAAACCUCUUGACAGUGAGAACAGUUUGAGGAUGGAACCAGUUACUUAGUUGGGGUGGGUGAAUGGGCAAGCUGUCACCAGAGACAGCGGCGUAGCGUGGGUUGUCAGCACCCGGUGCAAGGCAAGUAAUUUGCGCCCCCUAACCCGGGGCAAGGCAAGUAAUUUGCGCCCCCUAACCUGCCGCCGCUGCCAGCUUCUUCUUGCUGCUGCCUGGUCUGGUCUGGUCUGGUUCUCUCCCGCGCUCAGCGCUGCGCUGGGCGGCCGCUGCACUGUCCCUCCCCAGAUAGUCCUCGCUCUCUCUCCGCACCGCACGCCUGGCACCCACCCCUCCACAGUGGGCGGCGACCCAGCGACUCGGAUCGGAUUCGCACAGCCAGCACUGCAGUGAGAGAGAGUGAGUGAGCCAGGUAGGGGCAGAGAGCUGCGAGUGCAAGCGCCCCCCCAGAUGUUGCGCCUGGUGCGGCCGGCACCCCCUGCACCCCCAUGCUACGCCACUGACCGGAGAGCUUAACAUAGAGGCUGGACAGCCAUCUCUUGAGUUUGCUGUAGCUCUGGCAUACAAGCCCCCUCCAAUUCUGAUUUUAUGAUAGUUCUACUGCAUCUCCUCCGUUGGGUGAUAACUGAGGACUUGGGGGGUGUCCUUUCUCCCUCCUCUUAAAGAGCAGCAGAUGAGUGAAUUAUGAGCUUUACCUAGCCAAGAAAACAUGGGUCAGCUCUGUGGCAGUGAAGGUGCAAGGGUGGACAAGUGCUCUUUGGUGCUUGCCUGCUACUUGCACUUAGGUACGUUGCUGAGUCACAGACUUUUGUAGCUGCUUUUUCACCAGCGUUUUACUUUGGCUGGAUGUCAAUCUGCUCUGCAUCCAGAGUGUCCCAGGUUCAAUCUUCUGCAUCUCCAGAAGAAGCUGGGAGAGACCUUUGCCUGAAAUCCUGGAUACUGCCAGUCAUUGUAAACAGUACUGAAGUAGAUGGACCAAUGGUCUGCCAUGCAUAAGGCAGCCUCUGUGUUUCUAUAUUUGAGCAUGCUCUGGUGUACAGUGUAGUAUUAUAGAAAUAACGGUGAUUCAUGAGGAAGGAGACCACAAUUAGAUGUUGUAUGUUCUCUUAAUUCUUUCAGUUCAACCUAGCAUAGGCAGAUGACAAUAUGUGUCUCAGAAUUUCAUCUUGAAUUCCUUGCUUAUAUGGUGAGCAACACAGUGAUGAGGAUUGUGUUCUGCUGCUCAUACUUUCAAUAACUAUCAACAACAUAAAAGUACAGGAGGUUUUUUGGGGGGAUGGGAGAUAUCUAAUGAAGCUAAAUGACUCACAAAUUACGCAAGAGUAAGUAUGCAUUGUGGGACGCGGGUGGCGCUGUGGGUUAAACCACAGAGCCUAGGACUUGCCGAUCAGAAGGUUGGCGGUUCGAAUCCCCGCGACGGGGUGAGCUCCCGUUGCUCGGUCCCUGCUCCUGCCAACCUAGCAGUUCGAAAGCACAUCAAAUUGCAAGUAGAUAAAUAGGUACUGCUCCGGCGGGAAGGUAAACGGCAUUUCCGUGCGCUGCUCUGGUUCGCCAGAAGCGGCUUAGUCAUGCUGGCCAUAUGACCCAGAAGUUGUACGCCGGCUUCCUCGGCCAAUAAAGCGAGAUGAGCGCCGCAACCCCAGAGUCGGCCACGACUGGACCUAAUGGUCAGGGGUCCCUUUACCUUUAAGUAUGCUUUUGGAACCUAAUUUUAAGGUAUUUCCUAAAUCGGGGUAGGGAGGUGGAUCCAGUCAGUUGGCUGGAUCUUGCAUUGUUGCGCCCUUGGGCCAUUUUGGUUGCCCUCCCACCUGACAGUCAUCUGACUUCACUAUGAUGUCAGGUGACCCAUUUUUCCUUUGUAGUGUGGCAACUGGGCUACAUAGAAAUUCUAAGCCAAGUGGGGGUUGAAGUUACCCCCAGUAAGCUGAUAGUAGCUGACUUCAGGCUCCAUUUUUGGAUGGAAUCAGCUGUGGUAACUCGGUAGCACAGCAUAUUUGAGCUGGUUUACUUUUGGUUGUGCACUGGCGAGGGAGCCUACCUGUCACCAUCAGGAGUGCCUUUAAAGGUUCCCAAUUGUGCACUGGCAGUAUGCCUUUACCUGCCCCUCAUCUGAUGCAGCAUUUGUGGGACUGUGGUUUGGGGGAAAUGGCCUUGCAGACCAAAUUGAGACCCCUGCCAGACGUAAUUAGAUCUAUGGGCUGGAGGUUCCCCAUACCUACCCUAAAUGGACAUGCCUAUUAAAACAGAACUAUGUAGGCAGCACAGACCAUUGCAACAAACUGUUCUGAUAGCAUUUCGUGCACAAUCUGCUAUUGAUUGUGCUGGUCAACACAGUCAUGUUUUUAAUCUUAGUUUCCAUGCCUGAAGUCAUCUGUGCCUAUAUUCUGUUUUAAAAUCUACCUCCAAGAGCGUGCACACUUGCAAACUUGCAAAUUGGCAUUCAAAACCAACUCUAGUAGCUAUAUGUUCAGUGUGGUGUAGUGGUUAAGAGCAGUGGACUCGUAAUCCGGUGAACUGGGCUCGCGUCCCCGUUCCUCCACAUGCAGCUGCUGGGUGACGUUGGGCUAGUCACACUUCUCUGAAGUCUCUCAACCCCACUCACCUCACAGAGUGUUUGUUGUGGGGGAGGAAGGGAAAGGAGAUUGUUAGCCGCUUUGAGACUCCUCAGGGUAGUGAUAAAGCGGGAUUUCAAAUCCAACUCCUCUUUUUCUUCUUCUUCUUGAUGUUGAGGAGGAAAUGAGCUUCGUUACUUUUAAUUCAUUCCACUGUGCCCAUAUAAACAGGUAUAGGGAUUGCAGAUGACUCUGCGUAGUAACAUAUAGUACAUUAAAUAGGCUGCCUUGUAAUUAGCAUUCAGAUGUUCCACAAAGGAGUGCAAAUGCUUCCUCUUAUUUAUGUCCUAAUUGCUGCUAGUGCAAACAAAUGGUCGAUUUGUUCCAAGGAAGUUGUAAAGUCUUAUCUGGAGCUUUCCCUAGGCUUAAUUUCAUUAUAGGGUUGCAUGAUUUCUACAAAACGCACCAAAUUCCAUCAGUAAUAUUACUAAAAGCUUUGCAUCUCAAACAUUUUGCCCCACCGCUUUUCUGGAAGAGAGGAGGGUGUCCUAUGGAAAGUAUAUUUUUUGUUGCACAAGUCCCGUUUUUAAAGGGAAUGUGCAUUGGAUGGAUAUGGAAUCAUUAAAUGCAAUAGAUCAGGGUCACUGCAGACCCAGCAAGAAUCUUCAUCACUUUUUGCUCACCAUGCAGACCUGGCCAUAUGUGUUAGAACUGGGAUUGGAAACUUGUGGUCCUGCGGAUGUUAAUGGGCUCCCAACGCCCAUCACCCCAAGCUAGCACAGCCAACGAUCAGGGAUGAUGGGAGUCAUUGUCCAGACACAGCUUCUUUAUCCCCCUGUACUGGUAAUAGUACAACAGACAAACAUGACAGCUACUAGCAUUGUUCUCUGCCUCAGAUAGUGGAUGGUCUUAAACCUAUGCACACCUGGGAGUAAGUACCACUGAACUCAGUAGAAACUGUUUAUUUAGUGCAUUGUAACCUGGUUUUCAGAUGCAAUUUAUUUAUAAACUGUAUGUAAUUACAUGAGGAAUAUUUUCCCCCUUUUCACUAGAUGGCACUGAUGCAUUAUCGGCUUACUAGCACUCCUCCCCCUUUUUAAAAUGCAGAUAUUAUUCUCAAUCCAGAGAGAUGUGUGAGGUCUGCAUGUGCAGUGGGGCCUUUUCUGUCUUAUUCCAUGCAGCAGCUUUGUCUGAAGCAAGCAGUUAUUUAAAUUUAUGCUAGUUUUUUUAAAAAACCAAACAAACAGCAGCUCAUUUAUUGUGGGGUGGGAGAGCCUGCUCUUGGGUGGGGGAGCCUUGUGCUUGCACAUGUGGGGGGGCACCCACAUGAAGGGAACUCUGGAUUGUGGUCACUGCAUAUGCAACAGAUAUAUCAGGUGCACCUGGAAAACAAAAAUCUUGCACCAUAGUUCUAAAGCCCCAGAGGCCUUAAAUAUUUCUGCCUGGUGUUUUUAGUGCAUUUGAGAAAAGCCAGUAGUAACACUUAGCUAUCCCAGGCAGAGAAGCUAUAGGGUCAGCCUUUUUUUUUUGGGUUGGGAAGCCCACUUACAUGAACCUGGACCUUGCCCAUCAAGACCUUCCUGAUUGCAACUUACCUUGCAGGGAAGGCGGCUGUCCCUCCCAGAUAAUUCCUCCAGAGUGUGCGCUGGAUCAGAGUGGUGGCCCAGGCAGACCUUCCUUUUAUUGGGAAGGAGCCCAAGAUGGAUGCCUUCAUCAUGAGUUUGAAAGGUAAACUUGUUCUUAUCUGUAUGCUUAUGGUUCUGCUAGUAAGCGUAUUGCGCAAGAGAAGACAGUAUGCUGGAUAUACACAGUGUACCAUCGUUUCAAGGCCGCGAGACCCAAACCCAUGAUGGCUUUCUUUGGAAGCGACAGCCAUAUGGAUUGGUGUAGGAGGAACUAGCAGAACCGCGAUCUUCACAGACAAGGACAAGUUUAACUUUCUGCUAUACCCCUAUACCAAUCCGAAACUUUGAAACCCGAUGCAUUCAAUUUUGUUUCAAUCGAAUGGAGUUUUUGACGGGCAUGUGUGACUCACAGGGAUGUAUGGCCCCAGUCUCUUUCUCUCCAUAUGGCCUACCUCACAGGGUUGUUGUUAGAUUAAUUACUAGAAAAGAAUCACUGCUGUCCUCCUGGCAAAGUUCAUGCGGGUAACAGUUUGGGACAGGUUGUGUGCAGAGCUGCAGUAUGAGAAAGGAUGGAUGCAUCUGUGACUCUGGGGCGUGUGGUUCCUUAUGACAAUCUCUCACGUGCCCAUGGCUCCAAAGAGCUUGACAAGUCCUCACUGUAGCCAUUGCGCCACACUGUGAUAUUUCGUAACUAAAGGAAUAGACACCACACAUACCGUCAGCUAGGUGACUCCCUCUGCAAGCAUUGCCCUCCUGGCCACAUUUUAGCUUCAGUCAUGCCCAGCAGUAUUUUUUCCAGUACUUUACUUAAUGGAGAAGGGAAACCACAAUAACUUUUGAAUCACGGAUUAGAACUUGACCACUUAAAAGGUCUACUUCACAAAAAGGCCAAACAAAGUAUAUCAGUACUUUUCACCAAAAUUUGAAAGAAAUAUGUGAUUUAUUUAUAAAUGGGAAAGAGGUCAAACUUUUAAACUUGUUGGAUCUGUGAUAAUUUUUAUUGGAUUGUUCUUUUUUUUGGGGGGGUGUACUUUCAUACACCUCAUCGGGUAGACCAUGUGUAUGCAAAAUUUCAAAUUCACCAGUUCUAUUAGCUAUAGCCUGUUGAGACUUAUCAUGAUGGAACUUGAUUAACUGUAGAAGAACUGCCCUGCUUCUAUUAUCAGCAUUCCCACCCCACAAUAAUACUCAGCCUAAAUCUGUUUUCUGAACCUUGACAGCACCUGGCCAUAAAGAGCUGCUGAAACCUCCUCCUCCUCCUCUUCCUCCUCCUCCUUAAGAGGUGAUCUGGUAAAGACCAGAAUUCAUUCAAAAUCAGAAUGUUCCUGUUCACAACUAGAUCAGUUUCAUUCUGGAGAUGAUACAUUGCUGAGAUACAUUCAUGUUACUACUUCUGUAUAGUUUUCAUUUGAUUGUCAGUCCACUAUUUUAACUAGUCAGGAUUUUCCAACCCAAUCCUCAACAUGUUUACUCAGAUGUCCCACUGAAUUCAACGGGCCUUACUACUAGGAAGUAUUGAGGGCUGCUGCUUUAGGUCAUAAUGCCUCCAGAUUUGUCACUCCCAGACGUCUAUGUAUAGCUUCCAAGUUGACGGCACAAAUAUUUAAUGUGGCAUGUAUAUUUUCUGCUAAAGCACUCCUUACUCCCUAAGAGUUUAAAUAGACAUGUUUUCAGUUAACAUUCCCCUCAUGUGUAAACUAUUUACCUUGCCAGAAAAGUAAGGUUGGUUGCCCUGGAAUCACUUGCUGACACAUCUGUGUAAGGAGACUGACUUAUUUCUUGUAGCUUCUCAAGUAUGCUUGAGAUGGAACUUGAGUAUUUCCACAGCUGGAUUAACUGCAUGCUUUUCUAGCAUGUGCAGAAAAGAAAGUUAUUGUUGCAGUAGCCCAUUUUAAAAUAUUAAUCAGCAAAUCUUCAAAGGUAUUUCAUCAGUUCUUCAUUAAGUUAAUUCAUUAUAGCAAACUCUGCUCAUUUCCUAUUUAGUCCAAUAUCUUUUGCCAUUCCUGUGUUGCGCAUUCUGUUGUUGCUGUUCCUGAAGUAGUUAAAAUCUGCAGAAAGUUCAUAUUCCAGGUUCACCCACAAAUGAAGUCAUUUUCUCUUUUUAAAAAAAAGAAUUGCAACUAAUUUCCACACAUUGACCAUUGCUAAAAAGGGAAAGCUACACAAAUCAUUUUAUUCACACAAUACUUUAAGGAAGUGAUGCUACAAGGAGUCAUUAAUGCAACAAAGGACUUCAAGGAUAAUUCAGAUUUUUUAACUAUGAGGUUACUGAAAAUUAAAAUUACCGUAAAACUUCACUUGUUGUGGCGGGUGAGAGAGGGAGGGAUUCACUGUCAUCAACAAAGGUAAGCCAUAAAUUAACCAGUUUUACAAGCAGUAACCAGAUAGCUUCCCCCGGAAAGAAAAGCCAGAGAGCUUGUCUAGUAUUAAGAGGUGAAAAUAAGUAUUUUUAUGAAUUACAUGGUUUCUAACUUAUUUUCCUAACAUUGCAGGCACCUAUGGGGACUUGCUGGGGUGACAUCUCAGAAGGUGUACGUGUAGAAGUCCCUAACACAGACUGCAGCCUACCUACCAAAGUCUUCUGGAUUGCUGGGAUUGUAAAAUUAGCAGGUUACUAACUUUGCAUAAAAUAAUGCAUUUUGAAGUGUAACUGUCUCAAUAAAUAAUUAAGGGAUUUGAGCAGGUGUAUAUAUUAUUUAAAACAAAAUGCAUAGCAGAAGGGAUAAGUCUUCUGUGUUGAAUGGCCUGAUCCUUAAGGCUGCCAUAGUGGGGCAAGUUCCUAUUAAGUCAACAGUGGUUUUCCAAGCAGAUCUGUUUGAAACCCUGCCUAUAAGGGAUGAUUCUGUGGAAUUUAAAAGACUGUCAUAUUCAGAUCUUGAAUGCUGCAGACACUGCUAAUUGUAGGCUUUGUUGUGAUUCUUCAGAGGGUGAUAAGGAGUAAUUGUAAUUUUUAUCUUAUUAGAGCUACAAUUUAUAUGUUUUCAACUUUAGGGGUUGAAAAACUUUGCCUUUGAGUAGUUUCCCUAAUUCCUGAUAAGUCUCUUGCUUGUGAUUUUGAGCUAAGACUCAUAAUUUCCCUGCAGACUUCAUUAUGUGAAAUUCCCUUUAUGAUCAACACACUGCUGUCCUCCAAGCAAAGCACUCUAGGUGUUUGAAACAAGGUUAUACACUCAUGGCUUGUGGCUCUUUCUUUCUCUGUGACCUUUGAAUGUUUGCAUUGAGAUAGCAGUUAAAGCACCAGCAUAGGUCAGGCAAAUUAAUCAAGCUGAAUUUGCCAACAGGCUCCCAACACAUAGUUUGAGAAGCCUCAUGUAAAACAAAUUGCCUUAAAAUCCAGGGAAAAAAUAUAUUUCAAGGCCAUGUCUUCUAACAGUAUACUGUGCAGGGGUCGCCAACCUUUUUGAGCCUGUGUGAGCAUUUACAAACUGGAGAAAUGGUUGUGGGCACUGCAUGUACGCAAUAAUAGGCGCCAACUCCUAGGGGCCCAAGCAAUUUUGGCCCCUCAAAUAUUUUUUUUGAGGUGGCCGGGCCCCCUCAAUAUUCAGAGGACAUCACACAAUGUCCCUCCAAUACUUUGGAGAAGCUGGUGCCUCUGCACUCACGGCAACCUAUUAUAUUGGCUACAAUAGAUUGCUUCAUUCAAGCUUAAUUUCUGUGGAUGAAGAGACCUACGAGGACCCUGCUGGUGACCCCUAGUAUAGUACAUUCGUACCUUGGAAGUUGAACGUAAUCCUUUCCGAAAGUCUGUUCGACUUCCAAAACGUUUGGAAACCAAAGCACGGCUUCUGCAGCCUGCAAGCCAAGCGGAAGCCGCAGAAGCCCCAUCGGAUGUUCAGCUUUCAAAAAUAGUUCACAAACCGGAACAGUCGCUUCUGGAUUUGCGGCGUUUGGGAACCAAAACGUUUGAGAACUAAGCUGUUUGAAAACCAAGGUACGACUGUAACAUCAAUGUAGGAACUUCCCCUGUUGCCAAAGUACAUUAAUCUCCUGCACACCUACCCCAAUCUCUACUGUGGUGCCUCCCUUCUUUCACAGCUCUAGUAUAGGCAGUGGCAGCUGAAGACCACUUCCAACAUCAGCUCGCUUCCUCUGGAAGCUGUUUCAAAUGAAGGGGAGUGCGUGUUUGAUUGUGGUGCAUUUCUUCAUUAAGAGUAGCAUGGAUCAGCAUGAGAUUUCCUUCUCUUUCAGGUUACAGUGCUUUACUAAGAUAUGAAGGCUUUGAAAGCGAUUCAAGUCUCGACUUCUGGUGUAACAUCUGUGGUCUUGAUAUCCAUCCGGUUGGUUGGUGUGCAACAAGUGGGAAGCCUCUAGUGCCGCCUCGAUGUACGUAAAUCUGACUUUUAACAGGCUGACCUUUAGUUGAAUUUAUCUUAUGCUCUCUGUACUGAUCCUUUAACUUACAUUACAUACUCUCUUAUGUUAAGUGUAAGUCUGAUAUCACAACAUCUGUAUAUCUCUCUCUGUAUUUAUCAUAUGAAUGGAUGUGCUUGCGUCUAACUCACGUUGUUGUCAAAAUAGCUAAAAGUACUUCACUAUGAUAACGUAUCUGGAUUUCCAGUAAAUUCUGAAGACAAUAACUUUUUGACAUUGUUCAUUCAGUGUCUUGCAAUACAAAUUUUCAAAAGUGGUUAAUGUCUGUUUGUUUUUCUGAAUCUUGACAGCCAUUCAACACAAAUACACAAACUGGAAAGCUUUUCUGGUGAAACGACUCACUGGUGCCAAAACUCUUCCUCCUGACUUCUCUCAGAAGGUGAGGCUGGUUUCAAAGAAGACCCUUGUCAGCCUUUUUGACUUAUUUAUUAUAGUACUUACAAAAUGCUUUUGAGGAUGAAUACUCUAAAAACUGUUACAUAAAAAAGUUAAACAGUAAAAUGCAAUAUGAAAAUCAGAAUUGGAGUGGAAAGCAAAAGCUGGCAGCAACAACAAAAAAGCAGCAACAGUUGGACCAGAAACAAAAGUUUAAAAAGCCUAAGUUAUGAGACCAUCACAGGAAAAGCUCUUUUCCUAGUUGGCAGUCUAAAGUCUGAAAGUGAUGGUACCUGUCUUUGUUUACUGAUCAUAAAACUGGGUGUGGAAAGGGGAACAAAACAGGGGAAAGCACUCCCUGUGAUACUUGUGGGCAAUAGCAGAUUCACAUAGCCAUUGUUGUAGAUGGGUAUUUGCAGAGGUACAUAUGUUAACGCUGCACAAUUAUAUAUUUUCAGGUGUCAGAAAGCAUGCAGUAUCCCUUUAAGCCUUCUAUGAGAGUAGAAGUUGUUGAUAAAACUCAUCUCUGCCGAACACGGGUAGCAAUUGUAGACAGCGUAAUUGGAGGCAGGUUAAGAUUGGUAUAUGAAGAAAGUGAAGACAAAACAGAUGACUUCUGGUGCCAUAUGUACAGCCCACUCAUACAUCCCAUUGGUUGGUCUCGGAGUAUAGGACAUCGGUUCAAAAGAUCUGGUAAGCUCCUCUUGUGCAGAGUUUCCCACAAACAAAUUAAUAUAUCACAUUGAUGUUCACAUCAGCUUUCAAGAUAUGAGAGUCGGACAGAGGAAGAUGCUUUGAGGUUUGCUUGCUUUUUAAGCCAUCAAGUGGUAUACAUUUUAUGGAAUAAAAGUAUUUUUUUUAAAUGCUUUAUUUGGUUUUGGUAGGCGUUUGUAUUUUUAAAAGGUCACAUGUCUGAAGUAGUAAAUUAGAAAUCUUCAACUUCGUUUUUUUCCCUUUUUCACAGAUAUUGCCAAGAAACAGGACUCUUAUUUUGAUGCACCCCCACAUUUAUUUGCUAAGGUAUGAUGUUUUGCAAGGAACUUGAUUUAUAAUGGAAGGAAUUGUUCAUCAGCAUUGAAGCUGGAGAAGCAAAUAGACUGUGAUGCUGACCUGUGUUGCUUCCAUUUGUUGCCUCAAAAUGUUUCUUUAGGUAAAGGAAGCCGAGUCAAGUGGAGAAUGGUUCAAGGAGGGGAUGAAAUUGGAAGCCAUAGAUCCAUUAAACCUUUCUGCAAUAUGUGUGGCAACAAUUAGAAAGGUAAAUAUAUUAGUUUCAUUUUGCUUGUAAUUUCGUUGCUAUUGCUCUUAAGUGAAUUUUCAUUUUGUGUAUUUAUGUAUUUUAUUGUGUAUUGCACUUCAAUAUAUAAUUAGUUGUUUUGUGAUUUUAAACUAUUGCAAGGGGGCGGGGAAUUAUAUUAAACAAACAUAUCAUGUGGUCUGCCUCUGCUCCCUUAACUCAUGUUUUUAAGGAAUCAGGAGCAUUACAUAGGUACUGGUUGUAACCAGCAUAGUGUUGUACAAAAAAUUCAGGAACCAUAUGGACAAUAUUGUUGUUUGCCUUAAAACAGGGUUGCCAAAUCAACCAGUAGCUGAAUUUCUUUGAAAACUUUUACUCUUCACUUCCUGGUAUUUCCCCAUCUUUAAAUUACUUUAACUUCUAAAUCUUAACUGCUGUUUGUUUGUUUUUUGUUUAUCUAGGUAUUAGCAGAUGGAUAUCUUAUGAUUGGGAUCGAUGGCUCUGAGGCAGCAGAUGGGUCUGACUGGUUUUGUUACCAUGCCACCUCCCCUUCUAUAUUCCCCGUUGGUUUCUGUGAAAUUAACAUGAUUGAACUAACUCCACCCCGAGGUAUUCAUACCUUCUUGUGCAUAAAUCUAUACAUGUCUUGCAAGCCGUGUUGUGUGAAAUAAUUCAUUUCUUUUUCCUUAAGCUUGUUUGCAAAAAUCAUAUCCUUUACAUCUCCAAACUCUAGUUUGGAGUUGCCGAACCAAUCGUCGUUUAGCAGACAAGUGUUUCAUUAUUGCUUGCUUAACUAUCCUUUGGCUGGCUGGGAAUGUUGCAACUCUCUUUUUCUGACUUGGUUCUCCCGUUUGCUUUUUAGUCAGUGCAGAGUAAAGGAGUAUAAGAAUUGCCACUGCUGUGGCUUGCUGAAGUGGUGUAGAUGGGACAAGCAGCUAGGCUAGGUGCAUUACGGUUUAAUGCCACCUCUUCAUUAGUUAUGAUAUCCUCAAAGUAAGUGGCACUCUUCUCACCUGUCUAGGCCAGACUGGCCUAGUAACAGCAUAUAUUCUGCCUAGUUUGAUCGAUUGCUUCCUGUGAUUUCCCCCCUAAAAUCUGGGCUCAAGGUCAUCCAGUGAAUCUGGUUGGCAGGAGAUUCAGGAUAGGCAAAAGGAAGUACAUUUUCGCAUGACAAUGUGUGAAAUUCUCUGCCUGAUAUGUGAAGGCUACUAUCUUAGAUAGCUAAGGGAAUUGGAUAAAUUCAUGCAGGGUAAAACUGUCAGUGGGUAUCAAGGGUUUUUCGCUUUUUUGUUUUGCAUUUAAGGUUAGUGGGGUGGCUUCUUAUUCAGAGCUCUGUCUGUACAUUUGUGGUCCUUUAUUGCACUGUGGCACUUCUGCUGAGGGAAGGGCCAUGAUUCAGUGAGAGAUGGCAUGUUUUGCAUGCAGAGGCUCUAGGGCUGGGUUCCAAUGUUCUUCACCCCCAGUAAGUGUUCCAACUAGUGUUGUGAUCUGCCAACAUCUGGAGGGCCCUCAGUUGAGUCCCUAGCAUCAGCAGUGAAAGGGAUCUCUGAUAAGGUAAAAGAGACCUCUGUCUGAUACCUUGGAGAGCUUUUGCCAAAGUAGACUAUGCAAGGGCUAGAUGGACUGAGGAUCCCACUUGGGAGGAGUAACUUCGUAGUUUAUUCUAAGAAAUGUAUACCCUGUCCUUCCAUGGUUAUCAAACUGCUUGGGGCAGAUUGUGUGUGUGUGUGUGUGUGUGUGUGUGUGUGUGUGUCUGUGUACGGAUCAGGGCAAAUGUUUUUGUGAUGCUACUACAUAACUGUUAAUCCCUUGUAGGUUAUGCAAAACUACCUUUCAAAUGGUUUGACUACCUCAGGGAAACGGGUUCAGUAGCAGCCCCUGUGAAGUUCUUUAACAAGGUAAGACCAAAAUAUUUCACAAUUGUAGUGUACCUACAAUUUGUGGUGCUCAUUCCUUUGUCGGCAGCCCCAUAGAAUCUAGAAAAUGUCUUCACAUGUAGCUGUUAUAGAAAAGCAUCUUAACUAUAAAUAGAAUAGAGUACUGGCAGAUAAGUACUUUCAGUAGAUUCACCCUGUGGAUUUAAGACUAAUGAAAUGCAAUGGUGGUUGAAGAAGGAAAAGAGUUAUCCCAGUAUUGCAAUAUUGGCAUUUGAAUCCUAUAUGAACACCUUUAGUUGGAACAGGAAUAUCAUAGCUGUGAUGUAGUGAAUGCACCCAUUUCUGUGCCUCUCUUCCUUGAGGAUAUGCAACACUGAAAAACUCAGAUAUUUUAUGUCAUGUAUACAAGUCUUGUUUUGCAUGACCAUACCAAAUUAAAUUAAAUUUUUUAAAGAAAAGCUUAUUAAAUAAUUGGUUCCAUUCUGAAGCCCACACUUCACUUUCCAAAAACUGAAUAUAUUAGAGAUUCAAUUAUCAAAAACCUUUAUGUUUAACAUGUUACAUUAAGGGCUUUCCAUUUUCACUUCUGCACCAAAGUGCUAGGAAACUACAACUGUUGAAAGGGCCACACCCUCAACAGAUAUAUCAUUUAGGCAAUAUUGAUAUGGUAUCCUAUCCUGUGGUUAGUUCCAGCUUUACCACUACCUUGGGGCUGGAUGGCUGUCAGUGGUGGAGUGGUGGACCUAAGUAUGUACCAGAUUUUUCUGUUCACUGAAAUACAUACCUGGAGCCUAUUUAACUAAAGCUUCCAUUCCACCUUAAAAGUACCAACUGACAGCUAAAGUAAAGCAUGACCAGGUAACUUGACUUGGGAUCUCAUGAACCCAGUAUUUAUAGCCAAAGUGAAUUAAAGGUGAUGGUAGAAAGCUCUAGGAGAUCCCAUGUGUUGUGCUGGAUCAUCUGUUACUACAUACCUUGGUAGAAUGAGAGUGCUCACAAGUCUAAGGAAAUGUACCAGGAGAGAGAAAGGUUCUGUUAUGGGAGAGGUGAUUGUGAACGUGUUUUAAUCACAAAACUUUGCUUUUCAAAGCAAUAUGAUGUACUUGUCUUACAUCUCUGUUCCAGGAAGUUCCAAACCAUGGGUUUCAUGUUUCAAUGAAGCUGGAGGCUGUGGACCUCAUGGAACCUCGUCUAGUAUGUGUGGCUACAGUAACUCGUAUUAUUCACCGUCUGUUGAGGAUACAUUUUGACGGCUGGGAAGACGAAUAUGAUCAGUGGGUGGAUUGUGAAUCUCCUGACCUCUACCCUGUAGGAUGGUGUCAGCUAACGGGUUACCAACUACAGCCUCCUGCGUCACAGUGUAAGUUGACCUUAAUUUCUCUCUGAACUUUCUAUAGCUGAAAUGUAGCAGACCUCUCUAUGGUAAAAUUUUUCAUAUCUUUGUUUCUAUUUUUAGAUUUUGAUCUAUUUGCUGCCAGGUUACCAGCUAGCGCAAGGGUGUAGUCUGGGCAAUCGGCUUGGACUUACACAAUGCCAUUUGCUUAAUACUCCAGAGCUCAAUCUGUUUUGCUCUGUAGUCAGUAGUACUUCAGGGUGUUUGUCUUAUUCUGUCCCUGUUCGUCACUGAUAUUUGGAAGGCAAAUAAGAAAGCAAGUUGCUUUUAAUGCAGUAUUAUUGGGAAUACUGUAUGGUCAUGUAGAUUAGCAAGUAAUUUUGCAUUUAUUACUUUAAUUAACUAAUUUCUUACAUGCCCCUCAAGGUAGUUCACAAAUAUACAAUAAAGAGAUAAACAUUGUAUGUGUUUGCAUUGUUACUAUAUUUUUAUCCUAUUGUUCUGACUUUUGGUUUAUUUCUCUGGUUCAUUGCAGUCUUUUAAUGAUGCCCUUACAAUGAUCAGUUAUAGUAGAGUCAUAUAACAGGCUUAGCAGCUUGACUCUAUUAGUUAUCAGUUGUACUGAGCAUAUUUUAAAAGGCAGAAUGGUUCUGAUUGGCCCAGAUGGUGUGCAUUUUGUAUGGUAAAAUGAUUUUACACAUGAAAGUAUUAAUCAUUCCUGACUUGGGGGAAUGAUUCUAUGUCAUUUACUACCCUGCAACACAGUUGUUAAUUCACAUCUGGAUCAUUUUGCUUCCUAUCACGUUAUAAUCACUUUGUCAAAUGCAGGAUCAAGUAAUGUGAUAUUAAAAGAAAUGAGUGGCUCCGUCUAAAAUUUCAAGAAUAUUCUGCAGUUUCAAGAGGCACAGGGCUAAAAUUAUACUGAAUAUAGGUGCUGCUGUCCACGAGGCUUCUGAAACACAAAGCAUCUCACCUGCAGUGUUUUGCCUGCACACAAAAAGGUGUUUAAAUUCACUUUCUUUUUAAAAACAUAUAUUUCAGCAUCAAGAGAUGGUCAGUCAAGCUCGUCAAAGCAGAAGAAAAAGUCAAAGUCACAACAAUACAAAGGACACAAGAAAAGUGGGUAACAAAAAUUAUUUGCUUUUACCUUCUUGCUACAAAACUGCCUUUUUCUCUCAGGAAAAAUGAUGGUUGCGAAUGAUGCUUUCUGUUGAAAUGUUUUUCAAGCUUAAAGUGCAUUAUGGCACAAGGAAAACUUUUUAAAUUGAGUAUUUUUUUUGUCACGUGAAAUAAAAUAAAGUGCAAAUAUAUGUAUUUUUUUAAAGCAAACUUUGUGGUAGUUUCUACUUAAUAUCUUGGUUUCAGUUUUAGGUCCUUUCAUAGAAAACCUUUUCUCUCCAGAAUGAUAAGAGAUUGAUUAAUUUUUGUUUAGGGUAGUACUGUCAUCUUCACCAAGAUAAGAUAGAUGAUAUAUUUUAUUAAGCCAUGUUGUUCAUAGAACUAAAAAUUUGUGCUUUUUUUAGAUUCACAUAGAACAGGCAUAGGUAAACUCGGCCCUCCCUAACACUGGUCCUGUUAGCUAGGGAUGAUGGGAGUUGUAGUCCCAGAACAUCUGGAGGGCCGAGUUUGCCUAUGCCUGACAUAGAAUUAAUUUCAAUCUAAAGUUAGAGAAUACUGUAAUCGGUUAUAAUAAGUAUACAGAGUAAAGUGAGGGUGAGUGUAGAAACAGAAAUGAAGAAUUAUUUUUUGAAGUGAGAGCUUAGAAAAGAACUUCAGCAUAGAAUGUUUUAUUGCGUGUCUUGACCAUUAUAAGGUUAAGUUUGACAUUCUUUAUAUUUUGCUUGAUUGGUUUUCAUGCUGGUAUUUUCAUCUGAAAGAUGACAGCUUUUUGUGGCUACAGGAGCUGGCAAAAUUGAUCUAUAGAGUUAAGACCUAUGGAGGGUCUGAGACACUGGAAAGACUUCCUUGUGUAGGGAAGUGUAAUGAAAUUGUACUAUAUUUUAGCCAAAUUAGAUUUUAAUUUGAAAACUUUAUUUUGGACAGGCACACAUUACAGCCGAGCUGUUAAGUUUCUCUUAAUGGCUCAGCCUACAUGGAACUUUGAAUUUAGUCCCAGGCAGUGUAGAUCAUUAGAAUUGAAAUGAAAUCCAUUGUACAUUGUAUUCCUUUGUAUUUUUAUUCCCACAGGCCUGGUUCAGAUACCUGGUUUACAGUUUGCUAAACCAUGAUUUUUAGGAGCUGGAAACAAGUGAUGGAACCACCCCCUCCCACCUUUGACAUCUUCCUUCCACCUUGCUUACACUCUGGUUUAAUAAAACCAUAGUUAAUAGUUACGUCCAAAACAGGAAACUGUGGUUUAAUGUUAAUUUUACCAAUAAGGAUUUUAAACUCUGAAGUUGGUUUAAGAUCCUUGUUGGUAAAUCAGUAUUAAACCACAGUUCGCCAUUUUGGAAACUGCAGAGAAUGUUGGUUUGAUGAGUGAUGAGGAAGGAACAUGUGAUCUCAGUGCUUGUUCCCAUUGCUAAACUGGAUUAGUAAGCUUGGGAGUAGAACAUACAAACCAGUGGAUAGCCUUACCUGAGUGUGUUUGGGAUUGCAGCCUCAGCCAAAUUCCUUCUGAAAUCCCAAGUUUCCCACUUAUAUUAACAAACGGAGAGCAUGACCAGUCCAUUGUAUCUGGAGCAGGUAGGAGCGUGUGUGAGUUGAAUGGGGAUGGGGAGAAAGGUGAAUCCUGGUGCAUUUGCAAACAUACUGUAUCUUGCCCUGUAGAACUGGCACAUUCUUUAGACUGAAUUCUGUUAUUUUAUUGGGAAAUGGAAUGUUUCUUCUUUUUGGAUUUCCAGAAAGGCUCAAACACUCAAAAGCACAUCAAAGUGCAAGUAGAUAAAUAGGUACCGCUCCGGCGGGAAGGUAAACGGCGUUUCCAUGCGCUGCUCUGGUUUGCCAGAAGCGGCUUAGUCAUGCUGGCCACAUGACCUGGAAGCUGUACGCCGGCUCCCUCGGCCAAUAAAGCGAGAUUAGCACCGCAACCCCAGAGUCGUCCACGGCUGGACCUAAUGGUCAGGGGUCCCUUUACCUUACAAAUAUUUUAACUCUCUCUUUCCCCUUUUUCAUGACAGUUAAUGCAUAGUCAUUAAUUCCAAUAAUGAAGCUCCUUAGCAUUGCUUUAGAGUUAGACAAAUUGUCAAUUCACAGAAGGCUAUAGACAUUUUCAAAGUAAUAAGGCUCGGACAAAACCUGUUUGCUAAAAAUGAGACGCUAAAAUGAUGUUGAAGCUUGUUACUCCUUCUGCACCUUUCUUAGCUCAACCCUUAAUUUAAAAAACUCUUCUGAGAUGGAGGAACUAACAACCAUGGAGACUAUUGUGGAGCAAGCCUCUUGUUUCAUCCUCUUUGUUUGUUUUUGACUUUGCUCUAUGGCGAUUUUCUCCUUUGAUCUGACCCCAUUAAAAAAAACUAAUGUGUUGGAGCCUUAGGUGAAGUUCAGCUAAAAUGCUUCAUUUUAUGUGGCAGGACCUAACUCCUUGAAUGUGUAUUAUUUGACAGUGAACUAAAAGGAAAGUUAUUAAUCUGCCUCUGUUUAUUAUGAGAUGGAAAUAACUAGUCUGAUUAGUCCUACUGUAUAUUGAUUUUCUGCUCUGACUCUUGGCAUUUUAAGUUGAAGAAAGCUUUAUUUAUUUACCAUGCUUUAACUGUAGGAAGCUGUAAACCAAUGCAGCUGGAUUAAUUCACGACAGUGCCUUCUUCUUACAAGCGUUUAGUAGUCAUAUUUAUUAUAUUUAUAUUAAAAAUUAUAAGCUGCUUUUUAGCCAAAGAGGCCUCAAAGCAGUGUACAACAGCUACAUAAUGCAAUAAGCAUUUUCAAAAAUAAAUAAAUAAAAGGAAUUUGCACUUUCUUCCGAUGGCUGCUUAGUUCACUUGGGAAUAUUAGUACAUACAAGGUGAGGGGUUUAGGACUUUCAUGAACUUUAGUACUUUUUAAUGCUGACCAAAAAAAACACUAGCUGUUUUAGAUUGUAAUGAUGAAGACUUUUUGCUUAUACCACCUAUGUCUGAGAAGUACACAAAAUGAAUUGUACUAAUCUAGCAAGCUUACAGUGAGAAUAUUUUGUAUUGGAAUGUCAUUACCAAGUGAGAGUACCACCUUUACAAAGCACAGCUUCCUGGAAUUGGGAGAAUAUUCUACUCUCUGGGAUACCCUCAUCACCUGGCUCAGAAGGCACGUGUAGCAUCUGUGAAGCUGAUCCUGACUUUGAUUAUUAGGAUGCAGCAGCUACUACCGUUUUCCGUUUUCUCCUGUUUCUCCCCUCGGCCCAAGCCCAACUCCCAAAUUUAAGCCAGGCAGAGGGAGCGAGAAAGCAAAGCACUUGCCAGUCUCUGCUCAUUGAUGUGCCCAUGGCAAGAAACUGUGACACCUACCAUCAGAUAAGCACACAAGUACUUCGGCAUGUCUUUGGUCAGUUUGGAAAGCCAGAUGCUUAAAACCAGGAAGGGAGGUUAAGUGAUGCUUUUACGGCAGGCUUCCUCAACCUCGGCCCUCCAGAUGUUUUUGGCCUACAACUCCCAUGAUCCCUAGCUAUCAGGACCAGUGGCCAGGGAUGAUGGGAACUGUAGCCUCAAACAGGAAGCCAGUUUUAGGAUUUGUGUAGGAAAAAGCAGCAUUCAUACCUGUCGGCCAGAGGAGUGCUUCAGGCAAGCCAGCGCUGCACAUAGACUCAUAUGUACUGGUAGAACAAGUCGGCUUCCACUUUAAGCCUGCCAAAGAAGUUCAUUCCAGGAGAAGCCAGUUCAAGGGUAGAGUGAGUAUUUUCACACUUAGGUGGAGAUGCCCAGAUAGGGGCUGAAGUGAGUUUACAGAGAUUACCCCUCCCAAGGUUCCGAGAUAGGAGGUUCUGAGAGCUCAGAGUUCCAUAGCUGGAACCCAGGUAGAAGAGUUUGGAUUUGGAUUUGAUAUCCCGCUUUAUCACUACCUGAAGGAGUCUCAAAGCGGCUAACAUUCUCCUUUCCCUUCCUUCCCCACAACAAACACUCUGUGAGGUGAGUGGGGCUGAGAGACUUCAGAGAAGUGUAACUAGCCCAAGGUCACCCAGCAGCUGCAUGUGGAGGAGCAGAGACUUGAACCCGGUUCCCCAGAUUACGAGUCUAUCGCUCUCAACCACUAGAUGGCCUGUGGAGAUGGGUCCAGGUCAUGAUAGCGCUAAGGAUUAUGUUCCCUAUCACAAUUUAGUUCUUUUUAAGGUGAAAGGUAAAUGUCCAGACUCUUAAGGCUUCAAAACAUUUUCCAGACCCUCAUCCUUUAAAUCUUUAUUCAAGCUGGGAUGAGCGAGAGAGAGUACAUGCCUAAAGCCCCACUACACCUUAGACCACGGCUGGUGACAGCUCCUUGUGGAGAAUCUAUAAGAAAAGAGCUGUGGGGCCAUGACCUGCAUGGGGGUGUCUAUAUUGCUUAGCUCCCCAUUGUAGUCUUGGUCUGGAUUUCACUUCUCUGCAUCAGUGGGAGUUUCCCUCUCAGUGCAAAUAGCAGCCUAAUCAUUCAUGCACUUAAUGAAUGCGUGAAGAAUCUCACAUCCAUUUUGGUGUUGUGUGUUGAGAAAAUAAAGGAUCUAUUUGAACAAAAUGCAGAAAUCUACAGAGUUCAGUAGCUACUGUAAUAUUCUUGUCUUUAACCUUCCAUGGCAGAAGCUUGAAAUACAAAUUACUUUAGGUAGAACAUGACAGUUCACAAAGAGCCUCAGUAACUCCAAGGUAGCUUUUUUUCCAACUUGGCAGAGGUUUUAUUAGCAUGAAACAUACUGCAGUGAAUUUAAUACUAAAAGUGCUAUAAAAUGGAGCCCAUUCUAGUAAUACAACAUGGAAAAUAGAAUACCCACCUGCCACUCUUUGGGUGGAAAUAAUAUGUGUUCCCAGAAGGUGGGAGGGUACUUUUGACACCACCCAUUUUUGGUUCUCCAAGCAUUUUUGCAUAAAAACAUUUGUUAGUCAAGGACACCACAGAAUAUUCAAAUGCUACCAUAUUAUUCGUUUUUCUCAUAAUAGUGUGCUGUAGUAGCUGCUGUACAUUUUUAUUUACAUAUCCAUUCAUGAACUGAGAGAUGUUGUCUCUCAGAAUCAUUGACUGAUGAGUCCUGCCUUCUGAGUCAAGUCAGAGAGGGUCACUUCCGUAGAGUGAAGCUUCUUCUACCUGUUGAAGCAGGAAUUCACAGGUAAGAUCUUACCACCACCUACACAGAAAUUCUUCAGUAAACAUAGCUUCUCAGGGUUAUUUUUUUAAGUUUCAAUACAUUUGCCCCAUGAUUCUUGAGUGGCAAAUCCACAUUUUUUAUGGAGCAUCUCUUCAGAUUGGUCAUGUAGGGGAUUAGAAGUAUCGUAGAAAGUACCGUAUUUUUCGCUCCAUUGGACGCACCGGACCAUAGGACGCACUGGACCAUAGGAGGGGGAGAACAGGGGAAAUUUUUUUUUCUUGUUCUCCCCCUCUAAAACAAGGUGCGUUCAAGGUACAUUCACCAGAGCUUGUGGGGCUGGCGGUGGGGGGAAGCGCUGUUUUCCCCCACCUUCAGCCUCAAAGAUCCCUGAAGCCUUUGGAGCGCAGCGCCCCGCUGCCCUGCAGAGGUUUGCGCGCAGCCGUCCCCAAGCUAGAGCAGCGAGACGGAGCCCUCCGUCUUGCUGUUCUGGCUUGGGAACAGCCUUGCUAGCUUCUGCAGGACAGCAGGGUGAAGGCACCCCGCUGCCCUGCAGAGGUUUGCGCGCAGCCGUCCCCAAGCUAGAGCAGCCAGACGGAGCCCUCCGUCUCGCUGUUCUGGCUUGGGAACAGCCUUGCUAGCUUCUGCAGGACAGCGGGGUGAAGGCACCCCACUGCCCUGCAGAGAUUUGCGCGCAGCCGUCCCCAAGCUAGAGCAGCGAGACGGAGCCCUCCACAGUGCUCCGUCUUCCUGUUCUGGCUUUGGGCUUAGCGGCACAGCCUGCAUUCGCUCUAUAGGACGCACACACAUUUCCCCUUAAUUUUUGGAGGGGGAAAUGUGCGUCCUAUAGAACGAAAAAUACGGUAGUUUUUUGUAUAGCAGAGCAUGUGCUUAAUUGGUGUGACUUUAUGAAAACCCUUAGUUUGCAGGUUUUACACAAAAUUUAGCCUGUAAUUUUAAACUGCUACUGAGGAAUAAACCCAGAGGUGAGACGAGCAAUAUGAAACCACCAAUUUUUUCACUAACAUGUUUGCUUUUAAGGGUAUUUCUUCCAUAAAGAGAGUGGUAAAUUUAAGGUGAUUCCUCAAAAUGUGUUGUCAUAGAGUUUCAUAAAGUUCUGUGGCUCUGCCAUGAGUCACCAGCAUCGCUUUCCAAAAUAAUUCCUUUGGCUGUAGUUAAUGAAGAUCUGGGCAUGCACCGAGGUGUCCAUAAGUCCAGUGAGCACCAACUGGAGGCCUUUCUCAGUGAGUGAUUAGUCUUGAGUUGCUUUAACACACUUUGAUCUAAGUGUUUUACUUUAGUUUGACUUGAUGUUUAGAGAGGAAGAUACCAGUUGGGAAGAAGCCUGUCAGUUUGUCGAGCGUCCCCAUGACAGGUGGGGUGCGGAGGAGCUUCUCUGGUGAUGAAGAGUUGACUCCUCCUCAGUAUCGAACCCUUCCAGCACAGACAGCCCCGGAGGCCUGCCAGCCUCCCAGGACUAGCAGAGAGUUCAGUCCCAGCCUCAAAACAGGUAAUUGGUCAUGUAAAAAAAAAUUCGCUUAUUAAUGGAGGGCAAAAUUGAUUGAGGAUCAAGCGUGGUCAGGCAUGAAACAUGCUGACUCAUUGCCGCCCUCACUUUUCAUUUAAAAAUAGAAAGAACAUCCAUUUCCUCCAGUAUUUGCAUCAGCCCAUAAGCCCAUCUCAUUGAAUUAAUCACAAGUGUUGAGUCCCUGUUUCCCCCCUGCUGCUUCAGAACUCAGCAAAUCUCUUCAAAAUGAACUAAAUGGAAGUGCUUUCAAUCUCCAUAUUGAAACAAAGUGAAUUAAAUGCCAAUAGAUUUCAGUUAUCACUGGAUAUUAUUUUAUAUCCUGGAUGUCAUAUCCAAAAAUAAUCAAUGGUCACCCUAAAAAAGGGGGGGGGACUAGUUUUGGAAGAUUUUAAAAACAUCACCCCCCCCAAAUUAAUAGACCUCUGUCAACAGCUUGCCAUAUUUUUCUUUAAGCUGAAAACAGAUUUCAAAAUGAGAAACACUCUCAUUUAUAUGUUCCCAAAAUAAGUCCCUGUCGUGUGUUACUAUUCUGAUUAUCAUUCUGACACAACGAACAGGAGAAAAUGAGCAGAAUGAAAGGGAUUGAGUCACACUUGAGAUCAAUACAAACUCUGUAGGUUGACAUAGAUGCCUCUUUCCAGCUGUAAGAGAAUUGAAAGUACAAAGCAAUUUACUCUCAACAGUGUUUAGUGUGGAAAUAUGUGCUUAUUUAGUCUGAAGUAGAUGGCUGCCUCUAGGAAAAUGCAGGAGCUUAUAUUGUCAGUCUAAUUCAGAGCUCCACUAUGGAGAACUCCUCCACUUACUAGUACCUUGCUGAGCUUAAUAAUGGAAAGGGUGGCACUGCAUGCGCAAAGGAUACUGGCAGGCUCAUUAAAGUCUUGUCAAUGUCCAUAUUUAGGUUGAAACAAAAUGGUGCCCACUUGGAAAGGUUAUAAAAUAUGCUAGGUUUCAACCCUAGAAAUAUAAACAAGUUGGGUCUGCUCUCCUUCCUUGUGAAUUCUAACUAAUGCAGAAAGCUGGCUAGAUUGGGAGGUUCUUUUCUGGACAUAACCCAAUUUGUACUCCACCAGAAUCUGUUGUAGGAUCUUUCCUGUUCCAGGAGGGGCUUUGCAAUUUUCAGGCAUGGCCACAGAUGCAUAUUGUCAUGUACCUAUGGCAUGAUUGGUAUGUUCCUGUGCAUAAAGGCCACUGCAAAGGCUGCAGUUAGCUUGACAUGAGUCAGUCUUUGCCUGCCAGCACCAAACAGCCGUUCUGGUAUUCAGCAGGAAAGGUCCCAUUUACACCAUGCAGCGGGUUGCAGUGUGCACAGGGUCUCUGAACAGCAAGGAACCAAAAAUCUGCAAAGCCGCUCAGUUUUACCUACUUCUGCUGGGGUGAACAAAUUGAGUAUUUGAUUUAUUUAUCAAAUUUCUCCUCACCCAGCCCUAGCUUUAACUAUUCCUACUUCUUGGAUAGUUGUAACUAUUGGAGCACAUACUUACUACAGUUGUUGGUUAGAGAAAAAAUGUUCCACGUCUCACAAACAGGAAUGAAGUGUCUUUCCCCGUAAGCAUACUGAAGACCUAUGGCAUAUUUAAAACAAUAGGCAGAAAGCCAAGCGCAGCUCAUUAUACAUCAUCAUUUUUCGGUCAUUACAACAUCUCUAUACAGAUGCAUUGUUCAGUGGUAACUCACCUCACUACUUAAAAGCUGGUCUUGUUUCCUUGAGUGUUCACACUACUAACUUUGUUUGUAUUUUAAAUGUUAAAAAUUGUAAAACUGGUUGCAUUUUUUCAGCACUGAAAACAUCAAACCUUUAGGUAAUUUUUGAGAGACUGGUCUCUUGGAGAACAUGCAAUGUCCCCAAAUGAGUCCCAUUUUUAUACAUACACACAGUGUUAAUUGAUUUGACGUAGGGUCUACAAUGCACUGAAUUUCCAAGGUUGCAAGGGUAGUGGGCUGGGAUGUGUGUGUGUGUGUGUGAUGGGGAAUGCUACAGGACCUCAGUGAGUUUACAAAAGUUCAGAAGAAACCUGCAUAUAUCUGCUACCUUCUUGCCUUCUGAGAAUUCUCCAUGUUUACCCUAACCAAUAAAAUAUCAGAGUCCCAUAUAUCUCCUUGUAUCAUACUGUAUAUGUAGGAGCCAGGCCCGGCUGUGUGGCUUUUUGAGAUGGCUUUUCUUUUUGCAAUAUGCCCUUUUCUAAUCCUUCGGAUGAAAUGCUUUAUUUGUGCCACUGUCUCAGGCAUGUUGAAAGAUCAGAAAACAGGUAUUUGAUGAUCGGGAUGAAAUUAGCCUCUAUGCUUCCUUCCAUCAAUUACUAAGAGUAGUGCCAAAAUACCAGCUUACUUUGAACUGUAACUGCGGAAUUUCACUACUGGGAUCUACAUGUGAGAGGUCCAUUUUCAAUAUGAAAUAAUGAUGUGAUGAUGAAAAAGCAUUCUCCCCCCCCCUUUUUUUUGGUGCAGCUAUUAAGAGCAUUGGAGCAUAGCUCCAUAAUGAAUUUUGUAACCUUAAAUUUAAGUCCUCUUGCCAAAUAGAAAUAACUAGAAUGAACUGAACAAAAUAUUUCCUGUGGUGUAAGAUGAAAAUUGAGAGCAUUAUAAUGAGCAACCAGACUUCAUUAUCAUGCAUGAUAUUUUCUACCUUUAAUUAACUCCUGUAGCUGCAGCUGAGUUUUUUUCUUCAUGUUCCCGAGGAGGUGCCUUGACUCCAAUUGCUACUGCACUAAUAGAAAGAAAAAUAUCUCUUUCCCCCCAAUGCUAUUGCCAUUUUGUAAAUCACCAGUAUUUUUGUAUUUGAAGCUAAGAGAAAUAAAACUGGAGCUUGAAGCAAAUGAUCUUGUUUACUGAGCUCUUGCACAAAAUAAAUAGGUUGCUUGCUCUUCUGUAACUCCAUCCUAGUUACUGCCUUUAUUAGAAAGAUGAAAUAGCUAUAUAAUGGUAAUGGGGAAAUGAUUGAUGCCCCUGAUGAUAGUGACCCAUGAAUAUAAUACUCUCUGAAAAACAGAACAAACUUGUUUGAUAACUGGACCAUCUACAAAUUUGUAUCAAAUCAUCAUGAAGUUUUGAGCAUGCUUAAGUGGCUUGAGAGACCCUGACACCUGGAUGCGUUUCUCCCAGGUGGCCUAGCUUUGGGGACUCCUUUAUACCCCCAUAAGGUAUAUGUAACUGAAGAAUCCCAAAGCUAAAGAAUCCUAAAAGGGAUUCUGCCCAGAGAGUUAUUGUACCCAAAGAUUCCCAGCGUUUCAAAAGUGUUCUGCAAUUGGCAUGGAAGUGAUUGCCCUUUUGAGACCUAAAGCCUUUGUAGACAUGUUGGACAUGUGGUCCUUUCUUCAGGGUCAUUGUGAUCCUGAAGUCCAGCUGCUCUCAGUCUUUGAUUGUUAUGGAAUAGAAUAUGAGACAAUUUCAGUCUGUUCCCCAUUUGAUCCUCCAUGAAGCUCCCUCUCCUUGAGAGAUUUCAAAGGCACUCCACUUGUAGGGGUAGAUACAGCAGGUGGGUUACGCCUGUACAGUCUGCCAAAAUGUACGGGUGGAAAAAGAGUUCAGCAGUCUGUGAUUACUAAAAGUGACAAACAAGUGUGCUAGGAAUUGGGGGGUGGUGCAGGGAGAGAAAUGAAUUGAGUAAAUAUUUAUUUUGCAUGUUGUAGAAUGUGUAUCAUUCUAAUGUCAUGUUUUAAUAUUUAAACUUUUUAAAUUUUAUUUAGCAGAGGAAUGUGAGUCAGCAAGGAAGAUGAGAUAGAACCAUACUAAGAGCGAAACCAAGUGACCUCUGUUUUAGUAAGGUUCCAAGUAGCAACAGGUUGUACUUUUGAGACUGCAUUACAACAUGCUCCUUUGCACUUUCCAAAGACUAUUUAUGUCAAUGUUUGUAAAGUAAGCUGCAAUAUUGGAUCCGAGCAAAAAACAACAACAACUGAACUUGCCAUCUUGUCAUCAAAAGCUGCCUGUAAUGGAUGCUUCAGAAGAAGCAUAAAAGGAAAAAAAUAGCCGUUAUAGUAUAUUCUUUUCCCAUAUCAGUCCCUUUUGCCAGCCAGAGCCUUGGAUUAUUUUUAUUAAUCUUUUAGUUAUUUCAUGAACAGUUACUUGGCUCUUUUGGAUAUUGUCUUUCUUAUUAAAGGCUGUAUAUGUCUUGUUUGCUACUUUAGUCAGUGUCAACAGUUUUUAUGAAGCUGUCUAUGUGACUGUUACAUCACAUUUUUAAUGGAAGAGACUCUCUUAAAAAAAAAACUUGUCUGAACCAUAUUUGUUUCCUUUGCGUCAGAUAUAGCACCCCUUCACCAUACUAUAGAAUCAUGGAGCUGGAAGGGACCCAAGGGCCAUCUAGUUCAGCCCCCUGCAAUAAGCAUCCAUGACAGAUGGCCAUGUUUUGCUGGUUUGCCAGUAUCAAAACAAUAAGCAACAGUACAAUUAGUGCAUUGAACUGUAAAAUAUUUACGUCAGAUAUCCAUAGAUGGUUGGCAAUAUGUACAGCAGUCUCUUAAAUUGACUGUACUUCCUUUGAGAUCUUUUGAAAGCGUUAAGUAGGGGAUUGAACUUGGAACUUGGAACUGGGUCUGCCAGUGGACAAGAUCCCAUAUGCCCUGCUCCCAUAGACCAACUUUGACUACGGGGGUGUAACGUGGGGGGGGGGGCUGCCAGGGCGAUGGCCCCAGGCACAUUUUUCCAGGGGGCACUGAUCACGCCACCCUGCCAGCCCUGCACCACUUUGCAAGGCUGGGAUCUGAGCUGAAUGACUCACCGGGAAAUUCAUUCAGAUCAGCUCCCAGCCUCGCAAAGCGGCACAGGGCUGGCAUCACUCCACCGGCAUCUGCUGUUUAUAGCCACUGCUCCUGCUCUCCUUCACAGACACACAAGGACUACCUGCAUGAAGCUUGUGGACUACUUGAUAGUCUGGGGACCACAGUUUCAGAACUCCUGAACUAAUCUAUAUGGGGGAGAUGUAGAGUAUACUCUUUAUUUCUAGCAUGCUAGUUCAAACUUAACAAUUUAAAAAAAAACAGUGUAGGAGGGAGUAUUAAAACAUAUAACCCUAGCAUUGGAGAUGAUAUUAUAAUCUGAACAGGCCUUUAUUCUGAAUUUGUAGAGAGGCUUGUGUCAAAAGGCAGCUCUGAUAAAUUCUUCCAGUUUCUCUCUUCCACUACAGACCAUUCCAUACUCUUCUAGACAGAAGUGGUUCGGUCAGUGUAGGGUUUGUUUUGCAGGAGGUAGCCAGAAAAGCCCCAUUGUGCAAGCAGAGUUCCACUUCUUGUUCUUUGGAUGCAAACUUAAGAAUGCCACUUGGUAAAAUCACAAAAAUUCAAGAGCAAUAUAACCCUUUAAGUAAUUCAUGUUAUCCUAUUUGUAUAAUAAUUUGCAUUCCAUACAUUUUUACAAAAACAUUAACAAAUUACAUUACAAACCAGGCAAUUGUAUCUCAUAUUCCAAAAAUAAUAAUAAUGUGAGUCUACUUUUUCAUAAAAACACUUUAUUUGCAUCCUCAGGGAAUGUGUUAAUUUCCCCAUUAUUACUUCCAGUUGUAAAACUUGCAAAGUACAUUCAGUGGAUGCACCUUAGAAUUUAAAGUGGCAGAGUAAAUUGUUGUAGGGAACAUCAUACAACUUCACAGAGAGGUAUGAAAAAUGAAAGUUUAUUUUUGAAAAAGUAAGGCCACCACAGUUUGGUAAGAGGCAAAUUGGCAUAUAAUGGCAAAUUGCCAUUAAAAUGAAAUCCAAAGUAAUGGCAAAAAGGCAGCAAAUGCUGUUUUGAAUUACUUUUUAAAGAUAUUACUAUUAAAACUGGCAUACCCCAAUUUAGCAAGGGUGAUCUGGACGGAAGCAGAUCUCCCGGUUCCAAUCACUCUCCUACAUGCAAAAGGGGGCUGUGCUAGGUGAAAAGCAAAGGUCCUCAUGCAACUAUACCGAGUGUGGAACCUCUGACCUAGGGGUUAAAUGAGGCGCUCCCUAGGCAACAACCCUAAAGGCCUUGUGCUUUUGGCUGGCUGGAGUGUACCCUACUAUACAAAGGCAAAGGUCACAUCCACUGCAUCGCCCAAAACUGGCAUGCAACACCCCAGAGCUACACCUAUGGAGAGCCAUGUCAAAUCAGGGGUGGGUGUGUGGUUGUGUUCACCUGCCAAACAGACGAGGGCAACUUUUCAGGCUGACUCCACCAUCCAUCUCUUUAUGGAGAUACAUGUGUGUUCCGUGUGGCGAUUUGUGGGUCUGAGCCACUGUGUGCAACAUGAAGGAGGCAUUGCUGCUGCCUUGUUCAGUCUAAAUUGAGGCUCUUUGUAGAAGACUAACGCUCAAGCUCUGGCGAUGCUGUUUUAAGAAAGGAGCAAGCAAAUCUAAGAGGACUUGGAUCUAGGAAUCAAAAUGUGAGGGAUGGCUGAAAAAAGUAGAACCUAGGGAAAAUGUGGGUAAUACUCCUAGAAAAAUACAUAAUAAUACAGGGUGAUUCAUCAUGAAGUCUACAGUUCCCAUUCACUAUAAAUGGAAACUGUAUACUUCAUGAUGAAUCACCCUGUACUUUUUAAAUAUAUGAAAGGCUGUCGUAAUUAACAUAGAAUGUAGGAGGAUAUUUGACUGUAUGACCAAAAUGGCUGCUGUCAAGUGAAUGAUUCUGCUUGUUCUGUUGAUGUCAUGAAAAGUGUUCGUUAUGGGUCUGAGCAAUCAUCUACCAAGAUCAGUAUCUUGGGUUUAGGCCCAGCGCUCACUGAGGUGGUAAACUCUCGCUGAGAUGUAGUACUUCAGACCAUAGGUGGGGACCUGAAUGCUCACUCUCUCUCUAUAUAUAUAUUAUACAGAAAACUAGGAGAAGGAAUCUAGCCUAGCUUCUCCCUAAUUUGCUGGAUUUCUGUGUGCAAGGAAUCUUCCUUAAAACUAGGGAGGUUUUUGCUGUUGAGCAGAACAAAUGAUUCAGCUGUUUAUCAUGGGUCCAUGCACGUUUUGGCUUAGUCACGACCCUUAUGUAAUAUGUACAGUAUUUGAACCUUCUUGAAACCUCUGUGUAAUUGUGAUUGUGACCUACUUUGAAUCCUAUAUAAAACUAUCACUGGGGUGAAAACACAGGAUUCUGGGACUGGAUUCUGGGUUGCCUGUGUGGUUUUGCAACAUUCCCAUCACAUUUUUCAUCAAGCAGCCUGAACACUGCUGUACCUAACGUCCCCUAUAUUUAAAUUUCACUUAAUUCCUGUCUAUUUGAAAAGAAAUUCCUUAUUUGUAAUUAUUGCAAUUGUAUGUGUUCAAGCGGGGGUGGGUACCAUUUUAGCAGCUGGGAGAUUAUGUGAGAAAAGUUAACACAUUUUUAAAAAUGGUGCCUUCACUAAUGAAAAGUACAAUUUUAGAAUUUUUUUUUUUUACUAGUAAGCAGAUUUGUGCACAUUUAAUAAACUGAAACAUCCGGUCAAUCAACUUAUUAAAAGUUGGGCAACGGCACAAAUAGCUUAGCUUGUAGGAGCUUGACAAAACAUUUUCCUCCAAUAAGUACUGUUUCUCAUCCUGUUUCCUUGCCUUUUAGUUAGGAAAGCCAAUGUGAGGUCCCACAGAGUGUUAGACUUUGAUCCAAUAAGAUCUGAGUUCCAAAUCCCAUCUCAGCUGGAUCUCACUCGUGUUUUUAAGAAAAAUCACUCUCAGCCUGAGUUUCCCAGUCUGUUAAUAUACUAAUAGUGGUUAAUAGAAGAGGGCAUGCACAUGAGAGCAAAUAAUAGAAAGGUUGAAAUACACACUGAUUUUUUUUUAAUGGAAUAGAUAAUAGUAAAAUGAGAUAAUAAUACAGGGGAUUUCUGCUUAGUCCUUUGUGCUGUAUUCGUUCAACAAUCAAUGCCUUGUUUUCCUCCCAAAAGUUUCUUAUGAUGAGUGGAAAUGCUGUAUCUUGAAGAGGAGGAUUCUGCUGAAUGGGAAGCAAAUCUCUCCACAGUUAUAGUACUAAAAGGUCAUAACCAAUCACCUUUUCUUUCCUCCCUCCUUUUCUUAGUCACAUUUUCAAUUACAGCCCAUGCUUUCAGUAUUUCUCAAUGUCUGUACUUAAUUUAAUUUUUUCAGUGUUAAAUUGUGGGGGUUUGCAUUUUGUUACAGAGGUAACAACAAGUUGGAGCAUGCUUGAAAAUUUCAGAGUCUGAACUGAAAGGAAAUGUGUCUUCAAAUGUUCACCAACUUUUCAUUUUUUAAACCUCCUUUUUCAUGUUUAGUCUCCUCACUGCAGCUGAAGGAGGAGUUGCUAGAUGGAGAGGAAUACAACUUUCUUCAAGGAGCAUCUGACCAGGAAAGCAAUGGGUCAGCCAGCCACUACAUCAAACAAGAACCCUAAGGGCAGAGCAGGGCAGGAUGGUACAAAAAGAGCCUUUCUUCAAGACUGAUGUUCCCAUUCUGAAGAUACAGUUUGAUGGCUUCUACUAAGGGCACUUUGCUAACUGCAGAUAAGAUUUCAAUUCAGAAUUUUUGGAGGAUGAGGAAACUAUUUUAGUGAAAAAGAUUUUUCAAUUUAUUAAAAAAUAAUUGACACUUGUGUUGUAUUUGAAGCUUUUAAAAGAAUUUUUGUAAUAUUUUCGAGUUCAGAUUUAUUGUGCAUUGUUAAAAAAAUGAGAUUCUAAUUUUUUGGUAAGAAUUAAAAGCUUAAUUAUAGCAGGAUUGCAGGAAACCCUUUGAAGAAGAUGAGGUGGUAGUAUUUAGUUGGGAAAAAAAAAAAGCAAAUGAACUGUUUGUAACAAGUGAGCCUUCUGGUACAAGCUGGGAGAUUCUGAAUUUCAAACUACACUAGUCAUACCCUGUCUUUUCCAUGGUGAAAUCAUGGGAUUCUGAUCUUAGGGGUGGUGAAGACAUACCAAAAUAGGUUGGAAGAAUGGAGUCUGGAAAGGGUUCCUCCUGGAAGUGGCAACAUAAUUUUCAAGAGUUUGGGCUUAAAUUUUUGGAGAACGAAGCUGAGGUCCAAGCUUUUUGGAGGCCAUUGGGUUUGGGCCGGAUACUGCUGCAUUGUGGUUUCCUGUUCACAUUUUAAAAUGUUGAGAUAUUCAUGGAAAUGAUCAGCAAAGCUUCAGCACGUUUCGGCUGGAGAAGUUACAAAAUGGACAUGAGUUUGUGACUUUUUUUUUCUUGUGUAAGGAAAACGAGGCAGACGCAAAAGGCCCUUUUCUACAGAAACUUUGUGACAGGCCUGCUUUCCAUCCCGGUGGAAGACACAGCUGAGGCAAAUAGAAGAGGACAUGUCAUUUUGCUUUCCCCACCCAUUUGGAAGAGCUUUUGGGUUAUGAAUUGAACUGGCUUGCCUAAGGAUGACAUGGCCCUGCUUUUAGGCCUCAUGCUUUCUUUGACUUGGCUGCGGACACCAUUUUCAAGCAAAAGGUUUUCGAGAACACGUAAUGACUGAUGUGGCAAGAAUGCUGAAGAACCUGGAAUCUUUCCUCCGAGAGUUGAAUCUGUGUGGAUAUUCGCAGGUGGCUUCAUUCUCAGAACUAACAUGCUGACAUUGCCACACUGUGGUGUUGUGACAGGAUGAUGAUGCGUGUCAAGAGUUUUGCUUUUACCAGUAAGGUUCAUUAACUAAACUCUCAGGAAUUAACUGCUUAUGUUCUGUAACUGCUUCUGGGUCAUUGCAGGUCCUCUUUAGAGCAGUAUAAAUGUCAAAUUCUUGACUCUAGGGUAGGACUUAGAAGAAAGUAAUCCUAUAGAUUAACCUCUACACACUUUAAGCCUAAUGCUUUACAUUGGCAACUUGCAAAGCCCCAGAGAUGAUUUUUUUGGCAUAUGUUUUGAAUUUUUAAAAACGCAUAGAAAGUUGAAAACCAGCAAUUUUGAUUCUUUUCUUAAUUAACUUGCUCUAUUGUUGGGUACAUACCAUUGGUGAUAUGCAAAGGUUUACCACAUUCUAUGCAAGAGGGGAUAAUGGUAUAAAAUUUUGUAACUACUGGAAGUACAUUUUUUCUGUAUAGUAUAGGAAUGUAUGAGAACAAUUUCUAGGCUUCCCCCCCCUCCCCCUAUAGCUGGGCCAUUUUUGACUGCUUCGUGUAUACAUAUUUUUAAACUGAUUAUCAGGUGUCAAAUACUUGUGAAUUUAGGUGAUAAUUAGAUAUUCUCUGUCUCUAAAAAGAUUUUGGCUUAACUGAGCUGCCUUCAUUUUCUUUUCCUUGGGUAGAAUGGCCGCCCGCUUCCACAAAUGCUGCAUUGCAGCUGUUUUUGAAACUUCUCCAGUUUGUAAAGCAGCUUCUAAUGUGGCAAGAGAGGGCUGCUUUGGAGGGAGGGCAGCAAAACACUGCAUUGUGUGUACACACCCACAAAGGGGUUCACUAGAUUUUAACUAAUAUUUUGAAAAGUCACCGUACAAACGGACCUAAGAAAUCCUCCUCCCUCCCUCACUCCCUGUAUUUUUGUUAAUCCUUAAACCAGUGCCUCUCAAAACCAAGGAUGAUCCAUGCCAUCAGGCCAGUUGAUAGAAUGAUCUAAAAGGCAGACUCCAGAGAGAAUUGGAAUCAAUUUUUUCCCCAUUUUAAGGUGUAGUUCUGUUAGCCUUGCUCACACCUAAUAAAGGCAGUAUACUCUCUCUGGCAGGAUUGGCAUAGUCAAGAUUGUUCAGAGCCUGUAUUUUCAUAGGGUCUGACUUGGAAAGAUUUAAAGUAGCCCUUGUACAAGUAUUUCUUCUGAAUUCAGUAGGGACCACUUGCAUAAUACUGCUUAAUAUAUAAAAAAAGAUACAGGAGAAGGCCUAGACUAGUGUCCUCUGUCAAGAGGAGAAGAAAGCCAGAAAGAGAGCUUAGAUUUGUGUGUAAAUUGAGUCCUGUAUGGUCAUAAAAUCCAAUCUUGAGCUUCACCCAACACAACAUACCCUUUAGGUGGAAUUGCCCCCUUUUUACCUGACAGAAAUUCCGUAUCUAACAACUAUAUAACGGGCAGAAGUUCAGAAGGUACAGCUUUCUUCAUCACUGCACAUUUAAUGCUUUGAACACUGAACCUGCUGGAUUUCUGCUAGUCAUGCAGUCUGUCAGGAUCAAAGGUGGAAAUCCUCCUCCUACCUCUGUUGAAUACGGCAGCUCCUGGAACAUCCAUAGCCACAUUUGAUCCUUACCACAUCAACCUGAAAUAGUCCCAGGGACCUGUUGGACCUUGUCAGACCUAGAACCAUGCUACAAGGGUGAUCAUCUUGAUUAGUGCUACGUUGCUAGUCUUUGGGUUUCUGGAGGUAGAUCUGCAUACAUGUUAAGUUGGUACCACUGCCAAUCGAAUCCACCCCAAUUUCUGCCUGUAGGCAGAAUACCACAUCCCAAUACAUAACGUGUGUAUGAUAGACUUCUUAUUUGCAGAAACACCUAUUAUUAAAAUUGCUUCAUGACUCCCUUGUUCCAGCUUAGUUCCCUGGGGUUAUUACUUCCUUCGCUUUGUUUAUUCAGUGUUGAUUCUAAGCAGCAUUUGUCUGUGGCCUCUUAAUACAGAUGAUGACUGCGUGGCAGUGAGCUUUCUUAGUACUGGGUUUAAUUGCUUUGGUAUGCAUGCAUUUUUUUGUAUAAUUUAGCUCGAAGAACAUUCUCUUUAUUUUACUGUGAACUAAUUAACACAAAAUUGGGAUGGUGUGUUUGGGGGGGGGAAAGAGUUGGUCAGGGAUUUGAUGCCUGUACUGAUGCAAAGGGUCAGCUAUUUUCAGUAUUUGGCGCACAUUUUUUUAAAUAUAAACAAGAAGGCACCACAGACAAGGUCAAGUUGCAUUGUAAGUGCUCCUUUUUACAGCCGACCCUGUUUUGUUUUGUUUUAAACUUCCUUGCUGAAUCUGACAAAAGCAAAAGCAGUUAUCAGUUUCUUGUUCUAUUGAUACUAACACGGGUUUCAGUGUUUGUUCGUUUUUAUUGUCGUCGUCAUUUUUAUGUGAUGUGAACACCUUCUCCCAUCAAUAUUUGUAUUAUGGUGCUAAUAUAUUUGGUAACAAUCCUUUAUUGGAAAGGGAUUAAAACUGUGAUUAAAUUGAUUUUUUUUCUUUUUAAUUUUCAUAUUUAAGUAAAGUCUCAGCCAUUUAUAAAAAAAGAAGAAAAAGCAUCAACUUUUGCCCUGGAAAAACAAUCAGGGCAGAAGUUUAAAAAAAAAAGUUGAAUAGGGUUUUUACAUCAUUUCUGUAUGUAUUUGAUAUAGAUCAAUAUCUGUAUAAAUUUAAUCUUUUAUUUUCUGGUAACUUGUGUGGUCAAAUGGGAGCGUUUUAAAACCUCUAAUGAAAUGUAUAUAACUCAGUGAAAAUGCUUUUGAUGAAAUUAAUGUUACUUUCAUUUUUACCAGACUGCAAAUUUUCAAGCAUGGAUGUGAAAAAAGCAUUAAAAAUUAUAACUUUGUGUACAAGAUGAAAAUAAUUCACUAAAUUUGCCUUUUUUACACAAAAUAAAAAUGUUAAAAGUAAAGCCAGGUGGGUGGACCUUUUCCUCUCUCAUUUUCAGGUGACGCCAACAUGAAUCCUUAACAGCAGCAAUUUGCUUAGAAAACCAGAGCCUGGUCACACAGAACGCCAAUAAGGCUGCUGUUCUCAUGGUGAAAUUGCAAUAAUUAUAAAAGUGUUUGAUAAACACAGCCAUUAUCAGAUAUGGCCUAGGAUCUCCUACAACAGUUUCUGGAACAUUAGAAUUUCACACUGUUAACAUUCAAUUGCAGCCCCAAUAUGAGUCACACAACUUAGUCUUAAUCACUUAAAAUUUGUGGAGUUGAAAUUUCUUAAAUUAGCAGCAGCUUCCUCCCUGGUCUGACAAAUUUGAUCAGCAGUGUUCAGCCAACAUCAUUAUGGCUUCUAAAACAUGGCUCUCCUAUAGUAUUGCUGGGCUUGAUCUUGGAUUCUGAAAGCAGUCCUGUGGUAAGGAAUAUUUCAUCUUCUGUCUUGUUGAAAAAGAAAGCAGUAGCUUGUUUCUUCAAUGAAUUGUUCAAGCUAGCUUAGACUUCCUUCAGGGUCCUCAAAAGAGCUCUCACACAUCUCCAUUUGUAACACAUACCUGAGCUAAUAUCCUAAACCACUUUGAGAAACAAUGCACAAGCUCCAGUGAAGCUUUAAUUUGCAAUAGUUACAUUUGCCAGGCUAUUUUUAAUUUGCUGGGCACUCCUAGUAAUUCUACAACAGACUGUUCAUAAGCUACCUUUUCGUUUCUCUAAAGUGAAGAAAUGAAAACAACUAAUAAUUCAUAUUUUAUUUCUUAAUGCCAAUAAUCACAAAGGUAACCGUGGUAAUUGCUCCCAGGACAGCAGGUGGGUGGAAUGAGAUGCUUUGUUGGAAGAAGGCAGAACUUGUCACCAGGACUAAUCUAUUCAUAAACCCAAUCAUGAGCACAAGGUUUGUAGUUCACAAGUUCUUCAGGCUUGAACCACAGAUUGAUCUCUUUCUGAGCACUUUCCACAGAGUCACUGCCAUGAAUGAUGUUCCUACAAGGGAAGACCAAGGAAUUCCGUUUACAAAACCUGUGUAGCAUUUAGAGACAUUUCUGAAAUAAGAAUCUGGAACAGACUACUUGACAGCUAAGCCUACACAUUUGAAAUGUCUAGGCUGAUAAGUAUCCACAAGAGUCAGUCAAUUUAGCUUAACGGAUUUCUUAGUCACAAACACAAAAUGAACCUAUCAUCGCCUUUAAUCAAAUGACCGGCCAACUGUACAGGUAGUUUCACGGGUAUAUGAAUGGCUAUCAGCUAGCUCUUGAUCAUCAGUACCUUAAAUAAGUGAACAGUUAAGCUGUUUGACAAAAGCAAGCGGAACGCGCAAUUUAUCCUGUUAACACAAAAGCAUUUUAUUCUGCUGGAGGCAUGCUUACACUACCCAGUCUUCUCUUUUAAACAGUGAGGCAUGUAUUCUGAACAUUUUCUUUUAAAGGUUUUGAUAAUUAGUAGUACUUCAGUAGCACCUUGCAAGUCUUACUUAAUACAGAUAAAUAUAAAUCCCAGUACCAACCUGCCCACUUGAAUGCAGAAGUCGCCACGGAUAGUGCCAGGCUUGGAAUCUGCUGGGUUAGUUUCCCCCAACAUUACUCUGCCCGUCUUCACCACAUUGAGUCCUUCCCAAACCUGCAAGAAUAAACUGGUUUAGCACAUAUGUUUAACCACGGUACUUGACCAGAUGGAAGUGAUGAGAGCUUUUCUUAUGGAGUAUGUUCUUCAUGAAAUGAAACAGGCUCUGGCAGGUUGAGAGAUCCUCAGAAGACCACGUUGUGGGGGCGCGCGUCAUUUUGUCAGGCAACUGAUAUGCUUGUGAAGACAGAACAUUUGUGAUGGCGCAACACUGAAUUACACCCUUGCUGUACAUCUGUGCAGGUCCUGGGAGUUUCUCUUUUUAAAUAAGGUGGGGAAUGUUUAGGGCUUUUUCCUUCUCUACCCUUUCUAACUGAAAGAUGAAGAGGCCAGUUCAAAGCAUGCCCACUUGCAAGUACCACAAUUCCAAGUGGAUCCACUUCUUAGUAAACCAAGUUAGGGUCUGGCUGCACAACAUUCACGGCAGCAUUAGCAGACUGCAAGAGGAAAUUAUUUUGGAAACAGCCAAUCAUUUCAUUGUUUCACCCACUGUUAGCAGAGAAGAAAAAACAAAGUAAUAAAUUCAGAGUGGAGUUAACCUGCACCAUCUCGCCUUUCCUUACUUUUCCACAAAGGCCUAAAAGAGAGGUAAACUAACCUGUGGCAGCUGGGCUACAACUAUAUGACCACUGGCCAUGCUGGUUGGGGCUAAUGGAAGUUGGAACCACACCUGGAGAAUAUCAGGUAUGAGCCACCCCUGGUCUAAAGAGACGAACAAAAGAAAUGUUUAAGUUUACAUAAAACCACUUACCAUGGGUACUACAGGCCCAGAAUUCAUAUAUUUAACCAAACCAGGGUAGAACGGCCGAUCUUUCAAGUCAAUAUAGUGCUGUUUGAGAAGCUCUUCAGAAGCCUAUAAGAAAAGAGAUGGUUAUGAUUAACUGCAGAAAGGAGCUGCUCUGAGCCACCCCUACUUAAUCUAAGUCACUUAAGAAGAGUCCUGCUGGAUCAAAGCAAAACCUGUCGAGUGAGUACCCUGUUUCGCAGUGGCUAAAAAAAAUGCAUAUGGUAUAGGAGGCCCACAAGCAGGACAUCUAACACUGAGACAGUACACUGCCAAACAAGUAGCAAAGCACUCUUAACUAAGCUCAAGAGUUAGGCUAUAAGAAAGCAAACUAAUGGUAGUUUGGACAGUCAGUACCAACAGAUCGUCCAGCAAUGCUGCUGCUGCUGCUGCUGUACAAGUUGCAUAUUAUCUUACUCAGUAUAACCUUCUAGUCAAAGUCACACCAGCUUGUAUGUAUUGGGUUACACAGGUAGUUUUAAUAGAACCUACUGUACUUAGCAGGAAAGGGACAACCACCAAACUGAAACAGCAGGAAGACGAGGCUUGUAUAUGUAUAAUUGAAAGCCUGUAUUUUGACACAUACUGAAAAUAGGAUACAUUUUUGUCUUGCUUUCUAAAGUAGCUUUUGCUCUGCCUUAGCCUUGUGCAAGCUACAAAAAGUGUGCAUAGGCCAGGGGUGCCCAAACUUUUUUCAAAGAGGGCCAGAUUUGAUGAAGUGAGGUCGACCAGAGUUGUUGAGCUUUUGAAGUUAUUGAACUUUUUAAGGAUUUUACCCCAGAAGAUAAACUGCCACAGGAGCCGGAUUAAACCCCCUUUGGACAUGCCUGACAUAGGCACUAGGGUAUAUUUAGCUUUCCCGCAGCUAUAUAAGCUAAAUUCAAAAGACAACACACAUGCAGGCCACAGUGUAACCCUUCACUAAAUAUGUAUCCUCGAGAGUGUACCCCCUCCCAAAAUAAAACAUUUCUGAGUGAAACAGCACUUGAGCUCAAAUCAUCCACAAUCUGCAACCCAUGUCGUGGUUCAAAUUUGAAUAAAACACGAGGCUGGAUAGCUCAGUCAGUAGAGCGUGAGAAUUUUAAUCCUAGGGUUGUGGGUUCAAGCCCCACUUUGGGUUAAAGAUUCCUGCAUUGCAGGGGGUUGGACCUCAUGGCCCCUUCCAACUCUACAAUUCCAUGAUUCUAUGAACUGAUACUUAAAAGACUGUUUAGGCAAAAGAUAUCCAAAUGUUGAAAUAUUUCAAAUUAUGUCAGAAAUAAGCAAUUUAAAACACAAAUACAAGCUCACACCUCCAUCUCCACCUUCGAAUUUGAGCUCUCACUGGUAGUUCCAUUAUGUCACCUCAUAUACAGUGGUAUCUCGGGUUAGGUACUUUAAUUCGUUCCGGAGG